CUCCCCUUUAAAGCUUCCGAUUCCUCUCGGAGGCCAGCCGCGCCACCUCGAGCCUCCCCUUUAACGCCCCGCUCCUUCCUCCGCCGGAAGCGGUCAUGCUGGGUCCCGGCGAUACAGGAAGCGGAUGAGCCUGGCACUUGCCUUCCAUCCGUGGGGGCUGCGCGCGAGGGGGGGCCCAGUUGGGGGUUUGGGAGGGGGGAGGGGCAGAAGGAGGGCGCCCCCCUUUUGAGGCGGCGGCGGCGAGGAGGAAGAGCAGCAGCAGCAGCGGCGGGAGAGGGCGCGCCAGGAAGGUGUGGCGGUAGCGGCGGUGGGUCCAUGGCGCGGCGCGGGCGGGGGAGCCGGAGCCGGGGCUGAGCGCCCUGCCCGCCCAUGGAACCCGCCCCGGCGGCGGCGGCGGCAGCAGCAGCAGCAGCAGCAGCAGCAGCAGCAGCCGGCGAAGGCGUGUUGGCGGAGGACGACGAGGAGGUGGAGGCGCCGCCGGUCAUCUACACCAUGGAGAACAAGCCCAUCGUCACCUGUGAGUGACCCGGGAGUCGAGGAGGGGAAGGCAGGCAGGCGGGCGGGGGGCCGCCCCCCACAGCGAAACCCCCGGGAGGGAGGACUGAUGCUUCCCUGCUGGGCUCGGUGGGUUUCGCCUCUGGCGGGCCCUUUCUCUUAACUCCGCUUCUGGAAGACCUCCUGCAAACGCCGGCAGUUGGGAGAGGGAAAUCCUUUAACCCCCCCAAAAAAAAACCCAACACCCCUCCUCCCCCCAUGUGUUCUGAGAUUGCACGUGUGUCUGGAAGACCUUCGAGCACCCGAGGUCCUGCUGGCCAUGGGAAACUUUAGCGUAUGUGGACUGGAUAGCCAAGAGACAGGCCACCCUCCCCCAAUCCCCGAUAUGAUCUGGGAUGUGCGGUGUUUGCACAUGUUUUAAUGUAUGUGCAGACGGUUGACAGGAUGGAUGUGCAGGUACCCCUCGUGCAUUUUUAUGCUUCUUUCACACCUUGCACUGGGUGGUUGUUCUCCCUUCCCCAUUCUCCCAAAUGUAAGGAGAGAAAAAGGGGAGUAAACCCAAGUUGCUGUGUCUGUGAUUAAGCUGGGUUUUCAAACUUCAGGUGCAAGUAGUGUGUCUUAGUUUUUGGUGUGGAGAGCUUGGAGCUACAAACAUUUCGUAUAUAGUCUUCUGUUACAUAUUAGCCAGUGGCUUAAUUGUCCUUGCUCUCCUAAUGAAUUAGGUGGGGCCCUGCGAAAUGCUUGAAGCUGUCUAAAGUGUCUAAUUAACUAGGUUGCUCUGUGGCAUAGUUAAAGAAGUAGCAAUAAAUACUAUAAACAAUGUAAAUUGUAUGUUAAAGAAAAUUUCUGCUGUUUCCUUUCAGCCUGAUUUAAAAAACAACAACCCCAAAGUUAAAUUGUUGUAAGGAGAUGUUAAUAGGCUUGUGUCUUUGGGGACAUGCAUCAGAGUAAACAACAAUGAAAGCAUGGCUGUGUGGACAUGUGAUGCAGCCUUUGAUCAAGCCACAGUUCUUCAGCCUCAGUUUUGCAAAUAUAAAGAGAAGAUAGCAGUAUUCUCCUUCACAUGAUGUGUUUGAGGGUAUAUGCAGUUAAGUUGUAUAUUGCUUAUGAAGAGUGGUGAUAAUGUGUGCAGGGUGUAUUGGGAGGAGUACUGAUCUAUUUGGGUAUGGGCCAGUAAGUGACUGACUUUCUGGUAGAUGUGUUUAAGAUCAUGCAGAAGUUUUUUUUUUUUUUUUUUAAGUACUGUGAUGUCUUUCUUAACCCAGAUGUUUUGCAGUACUAAAAACAUGGUGUGUUUUUUUUUCCUUUAAAAAAACAACAAUUCCAUAAAACAACUGAACAAUUAACAUCUACAGGGGGGCUUCAGCUAAGUUUAUUCAGAGUAACCCCACUGAAAUGAAUGGCCUAACUUAGUCAUGUUAAAUAAUUUCAGUGGUUCUACUCUGAAUAAAACUUAGUUGAAUACAAACCCCAGAUUAUCUAACCCAGACUCGAACCAGAUUGUUAUGGGAAAAGUAGAUUAAAGGUGAUCAACCCCAGAGUCGGUCACGACUGGACCUAAUGGUCAGGGGUCCCUUUAUCUUUUUAGUUCAGUUGAAGUUGACAUAAAUAUAUAAUUAUUAGCAGAGAGCAAUCUAGUUAUUUAUUAUAGAUACAUUAGCAUUACAGUGGUACCUCAGGUUAAGUACUUAAUUUGUUCUGCAGGUCCGUUCUUAACCUGAAAUUGUUCUUAACCUGAAGCACCACUUUAGCUAAUGGGGCCUCCUGCUGCCGCCACGCUGCUGGAGCACGAUUUCUGUUCUCAUCCUGAAGCAAAGUUCUUAACCCGAGGUACUAUUUCUGGGUUAGCGGAGUCUGUAACCUGAAGCGUAUGUAACCUGAAGUGUAUGUAACCCGAGGUACCACUGUAUGUGCAUGUACAAAAUAAAUUUGCAUAUAUAAAAUCAGCAUUUAUAAAACAUUCUAGGGUGUUCAAAACACUACAUAUGUGCUAUUUCAACAUUUUGUGCAAUGACCCUGAAAGGUAAGUAAGGAUAUUAUUGUGCCCAUAUUGAAGAUUGUGUGUCUUUAUAUUCAUGUGCCUGAUGCCAACUGGGAAAUGUAUGGCUUAGAAACAUGUAAUCUUAGGGAUGUCCCUGCUCACUUCACCAGCUCUCAGAUCAUUCUUAAGUUUAUUUGGAUUGUGGAUUGAACUGUCAGUUUUAAUUUCUUAUGAUGUCAUGCAAGCAUUGUUUUCUUGAGUAUGGAUAUAAGGUUCAUCAUCUAUGUUUCUGUCAGAUACUUGCUAAUCUACACUCCACUGUAUUGCAGAUCACCUUUUAAUAAAUAUAUAUUUUAGCACUUUUAAAAAUGUUGCUUGUUUCACAUUUCUGGUGUAUACUAAUGAUGGUAAAACUGAUAGUUGGAGGCUGCAAUCUUAUGCACACUUACGUAGAUGUAAGCUCUGUUGAAGUCACUGGGACUUACUUCUGAGUAAACAUGCAUACGAUUACAUUGAAAAUCAGACUUCACUGCUUUCUGUGAAGUAAGUAUUAACCACUUUGUUCUUUGGUUCUGAAAAUAUUUUUCAUAAGUCUCAUUUAAUUUGAGAUUUUAAUUGAACAUUGAGUCUAAUAGGGCUUACUCCCAAUUAAGUGAGCACAGGAUUGUGCUAUAAGUACUUUUUACAUAAGCGUAGAAGAACGCAGCUUCAGAACUUGGGUAACUUCCUGGACCAGCAGGAUACUUCUCAAAUCUCAUCAUGCUUUAACUCUUGGCACCAGAGUUUAUGAUUCAUUUUAUAAGAAAGUCAAUUGUUGGCAAGAGAGGGGCACUCAAAUAUAACUCCAUCCAGAGUUUUCAUCUUUCCAAAUUGCCAUAGUUAUUAUAUUCAGAUAAGACUGAAGGGGGAAGGGGAUGUGAACUUUGAACCUGUCAGCAAAAGUAAAACACAGAGCAGUAACAGUUUUAAAACUUUGGACCAACAUCAACAGUGGAAGGCAGACUGAAAUAAAAAAGGUAUUUAUGGCCCAUUUAAAAGAGGCUGAAGAAGCUGGCAAAUAGGGGUUGGUUCAUUCCAUGAGGUGGUGUUUCAUAGCAGUGAAGUUUAAUCUUGACUGUGGGUCUGCAAUAAAGGGCUCUGUGGCCAGUUUUAGAGGUUGUAUAUGUAGUCCUUCAAACAAUCUGGUCUCAAACCAUUUAGGCUUUAAAGGGAAUAACCACUUUAGUAGAAGAGGUGCAACUGCCAAAUCAGACGAAACAAGUAAAGGCUGUUCUAGGAACAAUGCAACCUGCACUGCCAUAGAUAAUAUAGAAUUUGAGAGGAACUCCCAAGCUGUAUGUUUGGCCUUCAGGAGGAGUGCAAUACCAUCCAUGAUUAGUUAUGUUUAGGCAAUGACCAUUUUGCAUGAGACUGCUGAUGUGUGUGCUGCUUUCGACCCCGGAAGGGGGCGGGGGCAGAACAGACAUAAACGCAACGGCUGACUUGUGCAUUCACUUGGAACGCAUCUCCCGUUCAAAUGGGGAGUUGCCUGUACUUCACCUAGAUCAGAAGAUUUAUAUUCCCACAGUUUCUCUGUCUAAUCACAGCUUGCUCUCAUCCAUCACACUUCCAGACACCUUAUACUGCUUCCCUGGGACCAGCAGAUGCAAAUGAGAGCCAGAGCUGUGUUGAUUAAGACAGGACAGGGAUUCUUCAACUAGUAUACCCCAAUUGCAAGGGGAUUAGUAAGUGAUCUGUGGCAAUAGGAAUUCUCUGCAUUCCUUGGGGUGACUGGGAACUGAAGGUCUGUGGCUAGGGUUUUGGCAGUCUGUUUCUUACCUGGGAGCAUGCUUUGCCUUGGAAUUCUAGUUGCAACUUGGAGUUUUUGGUGAGUGUUUGUUUUUGUUCUGAAGUGGAGUAACUGUAAGAGGUCUGAGAUCAUAAGUGUUAUCCAUUUGCUCUUUCCUGGAUGCUUGGGUGUCAGCCUUGGCUGUUUGUUAUUUUGUCUAAAGUACUUUCUUUGUAUAGUGUCCUUACACCACUGUUCCCAUCACCAAGUUCCCCUUAGCCUCUUGUAUGCUAACAGUUCUGAAAUCCAUAGACAUAGCCCAUGCCACUCAUCUUAAUAGGUUGGGAUGUAUACCUUUGUUUACUCUAGCAUUUAAAUAUUUAUUGCUUGUGGCUAUAGACCAUUCCAAGAGUAUCCUAUACAGUACUCACAUUGUGAGAGAGGAUAGUAUAAUGUGGCUCUCCAUUCACUCCAGUGAGAAUGUUUUUAUUUAUACUAGCUUUGUAGGUCUAACUAUGCUAGACGAGGAUGCAGGAACAGUGCCUCAGCUUCAGGAUUAAGCUGGCCACCACUCUGAUCCUCCUCCAGUAUGUCUUCAUUACCUGUUAUACUAUGACACAUAAUCUGUGCUGACUUAACAGUAUUGUAAUGUCACCAGUGUUCGAAGUUUGCCAGGCAUGUUUUGCUACUGGAGUAGGUCCAAUUGCGACUACAUGGAGGUAUCUAGAUGCCAGGUUGGCAACUGACAUCUCUAUCAAUCCAGCUGAUUCGUACACAGUCCUCCGUAAUCACAUCAAGGAAAGUAAGUGCAGGGCUGACUACAGAUAUAUUUGAAUGUGCUGCUGACUUUCCACAGACCACCCAAAUGGAACUCACAAACCAUAGUUAAAAAACCUCUGCCUUAGCCUGUAGGUAAUAUCAUUUCCAUUUCCACUGUGUGUGUUUCUCCUUCUUGCAUACUUGAACAGGUGAAUUGUUUGUAAGAGCAAGCUACAGUCAAGCAAUGUAGUUUAGAUCAUAAAAUUGUAGCGUUGGAAGAGACUGCGAGGGUCAUCCAACCCCCCUGGCAAAUAGACAUUCAGUUGUGGCGACCGUAACCUAGGUUCAAGGUGCCAUUUGGCACUUAGCUUAUAUAACUGAGUUUCUAACACAGAAUGUCAUUUAUGCUAUCACAACUUUACAGUGGUGGUGUAACUUGGAGUAAUGCCAGCACAAGAGAUUUCAUAUUAAUUCCAUUGUCAUGUAGGCAGUAUAACUCAAGGACUAGGUUGCACUGUUAAUCUGUUGAGAAUAUUAAUAUUAUUUGGUUUGUGAAGUUCCUCACUAUAAGUAAUCUGUCUUAAUUACAAAUACAUGUUGGAAGUGCAAUGCUGUGAUAUUUUUUCCUGAGUACCUACGGCAAGAGCUAAACUAAAUUUGUCUUGUUUUAAUAUCAUGCUCUAGAUUGUGUCCAUGCUAUCCCAUUGUUUAAACUGAGAAAUGUAAGUUAGAAAUACUGCAGUUCUCUUUCAGCUAGUUUGAUAAAACCAAACACCUUGGAUAAAAAUUUUUAUAGAAAGAAGUUCUGCAUUUGUAGCAUUUUAUUAUUUGAAAAGUUCUAAAAUUGGUAACCAAAAACCGUUUAGAUCCAUCAGAACAUUAGUUCGGCUGUGUAAGUGGAGUUAAUGUUUUUCUGUUGCAUGCUGAACUCUGUAAAUAUGUUUGCUACAGUGUGGCAUGUUCUGGUGAAUUCUGAGUGAUAACAGUUUAGUUAUUGUGAAUUCCAAAUACAGUGUGUACAGCGACAAAUUCCAGAAGAGCAACUAUGUUAAUUUUGCAAUAAAAAAGAAAAUAAGCAUUGGUGACUGUUUGUGAACAUUCAUAGUCAAGAGUCAGUGGUUUCAUUUGCAUGUAAGGCAAAGCCACCUAUGCUAAAACAUGCAUGGGUAUAGUUUGUGUUUUUGUAUAGUUCUUAGCAAAUAAAUUUGAUGGGCUGACACUAGUUGAAGUUAGGCAGAUUAGAUUGUGUGUGUGUGGUGGCAGCAUGUUGGUGUUAUCUUGCUCCACACUUAGUUAAGAUACACACAGUGACCAGCCCAGUCUCAACCAGCACUUGUGGUUUGUUUCUCUCAAAUAAACCACAAUUGGGAAGCUAAGAACAAACCUUGGCUUCAGAUCAAGAGAAAUAAACCACAAGUGUUGGUUUGGACAAAACACUAAGCCAGCCAUUCUGUGAUUUGUUUCUCUGUUCAAGGAAAGGAGAAAUGCUUGAGCUGUGUGCAUUAGUUAAUUUGUUAACAGUGGCCAGCAUUGUGUCUGAAUGCAGUUAGUUUCUGAGAAUGAAACUUAUUGAGAAGUGGAAUACAACUGUAACUCAUGUUUAUGCACAAAUGGGAGAAACAACAAUUUGAGAAGGUGGAAAUAUAAUUAAAUAGGAAUGCAAAUAUUUUCUAGGGUUGUUGUGGGUAAUUUGAAAGUACAAAAGUGUUCAGUCAACUCCACAGAUUGGCUGAUGUAUGUUUUCCCUGGGUCUAAGUCUAGUGUUUUUUUCAGUUUGCUUCUGUUGUAGGUUUAUGAGUUAUAAGUCAUUCAGGUGUGUGUAUUAAAUUUCAGUGAGGACUGGGGCAUGUUUGGUCCCAUAAGAUAUUGUGUUCCUUGGAAACUCAUGUUCUCUGAAGUUUGGAGAGAAUUGUCGAGUGCCCUUGCCAGGAAUUCUUCCCUUGCACUAGGAGACUGCUGUCCUGGUGUAGGGGUUGUGUGGCAGUCUGGCAGACUUUUUGGCAUGGAAAAUGUUACCUGAAGCAAAAAUGCUUGAAAGCCACUAGAGAGUGACAUGUGUGCUGUAUUCCAGCUGGUAACUGAAGGAAUGUAUUUCUGUUAUUUAAUCUUAAGGUUAAACAGCAAUACAGUGGUACGUCGGGUUACAUACACUUCAGGUUACAUACGCUUCAGGUUACAGACUCCGCUAACCCAGAAAUAGUACCUCGGGUUAAGAACUUUGCUUCAGGAUGAAAACAGAAAUCGUGCUCUGGCGGCGUGGCGACAGCGGGAGGCCCCAUUAGCUAAAGUGGUGCUUCAGGUUAAGAACAGUUUCAGGUUAAGAAGGGACCUCCGGAACGAAUUAAGUACUUAACCCGAGGUACCACUGUAUAGUCUGGGCUUGAAGAUGCGCAACCUUAUAUAUUGUAACGUAAAAAAAAAAAAAAUGGGGAGGGAAGACACAAGUAAUCAGAUUAUUGCAUCCUCGUUUUCAUGGGUGUUGCAUUCUGGGUUAUAGUGCAUGUACGUUCCGCCUCCACCCACUCCCAGGACUGAAAACGGUGUGCACAUCAGCAGUCGCACGUGCCUUGAACACACACAAAGUGGGAGUUGCAUGUGCUAAAUAGAGCCAGGAGAAGAAACUUUAGCUCUGUUUGGGGUUUUGCGCCAUUGGUUCAUCUCUUAAUUAUGUUCAAAGCUACGUGCCAUUCACUAAAUAGUUGAACCAUUGGUGUCCAGAAAGUUAAUUUAUUGUACGAGCUCAGAUUAGCAGUGAAGGUAAAGUAGAAAUAAACGAAACCCUGUUGAAAUUCCAGUCAAGGGGUUAUACGAUAGCAAUGGGGUCAUGAACAGUUCUACCAAACACUGUCCUGUAUCUGAACUGGAAGAGCUGCGGCUGAAACUUAAAAUGUGGCAGCUUUGAAAUGAAUGAAAGUUAGGACCAAACAAAGAGGCACAGUGCUGGCUUUAAAUGUAGGUAGGCUCAUUUACCACCCACUAUAGUAGUAAUUUUUGAGUACACAUUCAGAAGAAAUAUUUCAAAUUCCUAGAUGCUACUACUAAAUUGCACGAGCUCAACAUUAUUUUUAGCCUAUUUGAAUUCUUCGGUUUGGUGUGAACCUAGUGUAAUGUUUUCUCACUGGGAGUGCUUCUGGAAUGCUGUUUCUUGCAUGUGAGUCUUUGCUGGAAAAAUCUAUGUGGCCUUUUACUUCCCUGUGGGUUUGCUCAUGAGAGUCUUUCCAAAAACACUCCCUUGGAAGAAAAUCUUAGAAUCUACUCUUAGCGUACUGUUCAAAAGUUUAAAACUCAGAUUUUCAGCAAGUUGUGCAAGCUGGCAAAGGCAGAGAUUUGUCCUAGUGGGCCUGUUUAGAUAUUAAAGGUAAAGGUAAAGGUACCCCUGCCCGUUCGGGCCAGUCUUGCCAGACUCUAGGGUUGUGCGCUCAUCUCACUUAAGAGGCCUGGAGCCAGCGCUGUCCACAGACACUUCCGGGUCACGUGGCCAGCGUGACAAGCUGCAUCUGACGAGCCAGCACAGCACAUGGAACGCUGUUUACCUUCCCGCUGGUAAGCGGUCCCUAUUUAUCUAUUUGCACCCGGGGGUGCUUUCGAACUACUAGGUUGGCAGGCGCUGGGACCGAACGACGGGAGCGCACCCCGCCGCGGGGAUUCGAACCACCGACCUGACAAUCGGCAAGCCCUAGGUGCUGAGAUUUUACCCACAGCGCCACCCGCGUCCCGUUUAGAUAUUGGAUGUUGGAAAAUUACAGACACGAAAACAUUGAUUUCUGAUUACAUAAACUCAUAGAGUGGAUUCUUUUUGAGCACCCCAGGAUGUUGAUUCUGUUACAGCCAUGCUGUGUCUGCUGGAUUUGUCUUAUUAACUUUGUUGUGUCCUAUGAGAAAAUUUAUCUGAGUUAUUUUCUCUGUGUCAGUUUAUCGCCUGCUAGUAAAACAGAAUAUUUUUUAAAAAUGCAUCUUUCUUAAUUUAUAAUUUAUUAUGCUGUUUUUGUAUCAUGAUCCUCCUCCAAACAGGAGCACAGGGUGACUAACGACAUAAGGGUAUACAGCAAUACAUUGAAUAAAACAAUACAGAAUUGAAAUCACUUACAAAGCUUAGCAGCAAUAGUCAACCACAUCAGCUGCUCCAAGAGAUGGGCAUGGCAACUCAUGGAAUCUUCAGCAGACAUGAACAAGAAUCCAAUAAUUUUGCACAUUCCCUCUGGAAUGGAAUGCUUGGUUAAAUGUUAAUGGGAUGAUGAUCCAUGCUGUUCUGUUGUUCAAGUUGUUCCUUUACAUUUGGCAUGAUUUGACGACUUUCCAUGAAAGUUAAUUGUCAGCACGUAACAUUGGCUUGGUAAGUUCACAUGCCCACUUUCACAGUGUAAAGAGACUAUGAAACUCACUUGCCAACUGAAUGUGAGCUUGUGUGGAACAGUAAAUCUGAAAACUCAGACAUUUUGAGUUUUGGAUCCAGUUGAAAGGCUGAAAAGAGAUCACUGGUUGGCAAAAGCAGUUCGGGGGAUUUAGGGUGUGGCAGCUCAGAGGCAAGUAUUUCCUGCUGUUUUUCUUGCUUCUCCAGCCUUGUAAUACCUGCUCAGUUCUUCCCAUGUACAUAAAUCGAAUUGUACAGAUGUAAGUUUCCAGUAAUCAUCCAAAAGGAAUAGACUGCUUCUUUGGAAUUCAUAAAAACUUUUAAACAAUGGUUGGCCUCAUGCUAGAAGCCUCUUGCUAUAUUGUGAACAAGUUAUCCCAUAGGCAGUUCCUAGCUUCUCCUCGAGUGCUCUGGAUUUUUAAAUUGAAAAUUUCAAUCCUCAGCUUUCACUACACCAGUGGAGUAAAGUUGAUACUAAAUAGGUAAAUUUUAUAUUUAAAGGCAGAAGCCACGUGCAAUGAUAGUAUACCAUGAACAGAAGCAGAGCACUGCUUGCAGAACAUGCCAGCAGUGCAGAACACUGGAGGAAGAACAUCCAGCACUUUUAUUAUGUAGGGGUGCUGCUUCUUCAUCACACUUAUUAUAAGAUCAUUUGUUCUGAAAGGACCAGUUACAAUAAGCAGGAGGAGGUAGGAGAGUGGCUGCUAGGCACAUAUCCUGGCUUGCCUCUGCAUAACAGAUGACACUACUGGUAGUCUAUUUACGGUAUUUUACAUUGUCAGUGCAGUAAGCCUCAACUUACACAGGGGUUAUAUUCUGGGAUUCAUGCCUAAAGCCAAAACUGUGUAUAGUCCAAACACAUUGGAUGCAGUGGCAGGUAUAAUUGCCAAAGUCUUUCCCCCCAGAUACCCACUCUCAUCCAACCCCCUUUUAAUUCUUUUAAUUAUUCCAAGCACAUAGAGCUGAAUGCACACAAGUUAUAUGUGCAUAAGUUGCAGGCUUGCUGUGUGCCACCUUUUCAGGGCUCUUCUUAUGAGAAAUGUAUUUGGUGCAAGAAUACCUGUGAGUAUCCCACGUGUUCGGUGUAAGAUUUUUCUCCAUUGUCUCCAGUUAUACAUCUUGUCCCUAGAAACUGAGAAUAUACAUUUCUCUUAUUAAUCUUAUUAAUCUGAUGUGCGACAACAAUUAGCUGUUAAGCUACUAUAUGAGAGAAGGUUGGUCCAGGAACCAUAGACUUAACAUUGAAAUUGAAACGGCCUCUAUAAACCAAAAUUCCCAUUUGAGAUUUUCACAUUGCACAUAUAAAGUGCCAAAUAUAGAACACUCAAGUAUACAGGGGUGAUAAGAAGAGACUCUGGAGGAAUGCUUCUCCUCUGUGUACUGCACUUCUGCAGACUGUUCAGAAAAGGUGAAAUACUUCUUAGGUUGAGCUGUGAAAUUCUUCAGGGGAAUGCUAAAAAUUCUAUUUUUAUCUGUUGCUACCAAUAAUGUCAAUAGUUGAAAUCAACAGAAAAUAGCUAUUUCUUGGAAUGUAAUAGAUACUGAGUCCUUUUAUUUUUUAUUUUUGCAUUUGGAGUGCUCCUGUCUGUUCUUCUGUAAACUAGUGUUUGUGCCGUUUUUAUUAUUCUAUGUAUAUAGAUAUUUUGCAUGCAGUGUUUCAACAUUGCCUUCACAAUCACUUGCUCAGUGAUCAGUUUUACAAAUGUGCAAGAAUGAAAAUGAUGAUGUAUGUCCUCCUUUAAUGCUUUCAAAUAAAGAGAAAAUACCUAAAAGUAAUGUUAAAUCUUUUUUAGACUUCUAGCCAGUUCUGUUUCAGGCAUUUUGGUCAGACAGUACUGUUUUAUGUAUCCAUUCAUGAAUCACAUCUCUGCCAAAGAGCAUCUAAAGCACCUUGCAGCCCUGAAACAUAAUACAGUCACUUUAAGAAAAUCUUAUCUUAUCAUUGAAAACACUAGUAGCACAAACUUACCAUAAAACUAGUGCAAGAAACCUAAAGCUAGUCUGCAGACUGACAUUUUUCUUAACAGAGCAUUAAGAUGAAACAGCAACACAGUUUUCAUAAAAAGCAUUGGUAAAAUCAGUCAUAUAACACAAAAAGCAGCAGAAUAAAAUAAGUUCCCAUUAGAACCAAAUACAAAAAUAGUACAUAUUAAAAAUAUCAGUAUAGAGCUAUCAAAUACUAAUUUAAUCUGGUCACUAAAGCCUGGUGUGUUCAGAAGGAUUAUGAUGUUUAUGUUUUGGAGAGUUCUGGGGCAACAAAGCUAAUGAAUGCCUCAGUGCCAUGGUUGUACAGGCUAGGGACUUGAUCCUCAAGCCUGAUUAUGACCAAAUUUCAAAUAACAUAUGACCUAGCUACCACAUCACCACAAAACUUCUAAUCUAUGUACCUGUUUCAAACCUGCUGUGUUGAAGGCUUGCAAACCCAGGCACACCUGAGCCUGAGACACAACAAAGAAGUGCAUGUGUGGCUUGCUGGUGGCGGCAGCAAUUGCAGCGCUCCCUGCUAGGGUGAGAGCUUCCUGGGCUUGCUGGCUGAACUAUAACAAGACGGCUAGCACAGUGUGGUGCCCUCCAGGUGCUGUUGGACUCCAGCUUCCAUUAUCGCUGACCAUUGGCUGAUAGGUGGAGUUCAGCAACAUCUGGAGUUGUCUACUCUGCUAUAUAUUAUUACUUGUUUCUGUUCUAUUGCAAAUGUAAAUAUAUUUGACUGCUGAUUUCUCUUCCUCUCCUCCUCCGGUGACUAACACAUAGUGGCCCGCAUCCAGAGUUCCUGUGAAUGUAAUUUGCUUACAGGAACCUACUGCUAGAGGAAGCAGGCAGGGAGCUGAUUUUUUUGCUGAUUCCUCCUUUUCCUUGCCUCCUGAAAAUCUGCUCUGGAGAUUUGGGGAUCCCCUGUAUGUCAGAUAAUGUGGGGGAUUGAUAGGGGGAAUUGGAGAAAAUUGCCUCCCUUUCCUCCAUGGGGAGCAUCCGUUCUGGAUUGCAUUCCCUUCUGCAAUAAACUUUUCUGUUUGCAGAACAGUACUUUGUGUGUUUCGUUAUUGUCUUGUCCUCAUAUCAAAAUGUAGGGCAAAUGUCUGUUUUCUUGACAUUUAUAGCCAAUUCCCAAUGUAUGCACCGUGAGCAAAGUACACUUGAUGUAUCAUAACAGCUUUAAGAGUCCUGCUGGAUCAGACCAUCUUGCCAGCAUUUUGAUUCUCACCAGGGCUUGGCAAUAUCAGGAUUUCAACAUCAUGAUAUAUCACCAGCUAUAUAGCAAUAUAAAGGUAAAGGUAAAGGUACCCCUGCCCGUACGGGCCAGUCGUGUCCGACUCUAAGGUUGUGCGCUCAUCUCACUUAAGAGGCCGGGAGCCAGCGCUGUCCGAAGACACUUCCGGGUCACGUGGCCAGCAUGACGAAGCUGCAGCUGGCGAGCCAGCACCAGCGCAGCACAUGGAAACGCCGUUUACCUUCCCGCUAUAAAGCGGUCCCUAUUUAUCUACUUGCACUUAAGAGUGCUUUCGAACUGCUAGGUGGGCAGGAGCUGGGACCGAACGACGGGAGCUCACCCCGCCGCGGGGAUUCGAACCGCCGACCAUACGAUCAGCAAGUCCUAGGCACUGAGGUUUUACCCACAGCGCCACCCGCGUCCCAUAUAUAGCAAUAUAGCUAUAGCAAUAUAUCAUGAUGUCUGAAAAUAAGGAGGGAGAAGGAAUUAAGGUGGGGAAGCAGCAGCAGCAGCUGAGUGUUGAUUCCUAGAUUUGUAUUGCUCUCUCCAUAUCAGCCCUGCAAUAGCCAGGCAGCUACACCACAGGGUUCUUUGCUCCUGUUGUGCAUACCAGUGUUAGAAACUCGGAUAUAUAAGCUAGGCGCCAAAAUGGUUAAUCCACGGUUACAGUUGCCAAAACAGAAUGUCUAGUUGCCAUUUCUUGGCAAGGCAUCUCUAUAAAGUCGUAUUCUUCAAAUGAUUUACUGACUGUGAUUGAUUAUCAGUUUAACAUUGGGUCAGUUCAGAUGGCAACCUUGGGCUAGGUUAAGAAUUUUGAGAACCUAAAGGAGAAAAGUCACUUGAUCCAGGAACAGUCCACAUAUAUAUUGGCCUAUUCCUGCCUUUUUUCUUAAUGCUGACUACUGCUGCUCAGGCUGCUCAGAAAAAGAGUUUUAGAAAUUCAUUCUGAUUGUACAGAUAAAAUAUAACUGAUAGAAUUCUACAGGAUGGGUUAUUAAUGUAUGAAAAGAGUCCCCAGGCAUGCACCUCCUGAUGCCCAGGCAUCUUCACUUGGUUUAAAGUGGUUGAAAGCCAGGUGCAAAAUGCCCCUGGUAUCGGACUGAUUUCGAACACUGCUUUCAAUGAGUGUAAUUCAGAUGGGAAUGCUAGUGAAUUUAUUUAUACCAUGCACUCCUUCCGGUACCCUCUACUACUGAACUGAGCUAUAUUGAUGGUGGUAGGAAUAAUGAUGGUGGGCCCAGCUAGAGAAGUGGCAUUUGCCAAAGUUUGCCGUGGGUUUAGGAGGGGAAGGGUUGCUGGAGUGAUACCAUCUCAAAGCAAGAGUAAGAAACUAAUCGGGCAUCUCACAUCCUCUCCUGUCAGUAAGUGGUGAUGGCCAUAGCAACUGGGUCUAAGGGAAAUGUUGAGAAGCCUGAGGUAAUGUGUUCCAGUAAGGAACCACUCACAUACGUGUGUUACACUGAUAGGUUGUAUACCAGCACUUUGCUGCUUCACAGCAAAAGGGAACUAGCUUUGAUUGCAUAAGACCUCAAGUGUCAUAUGGUGACCUCCAAACCCAUAUUGGGAACAUGCAGCAGUUUAUUAUUCUAUGGAAAAGUCCCCCUGCACUUGGGGAAUAUGUCUAAUGCUUUAUAGUAAUGUUUUUUAAACGAGAUGGUUUUAAAGACUCCCAUAGAAAUUGCCGGGACAUAAUUUUAAAACCUUAGUUGACAGAUUUGUCCAUUAUCUGCAAAUACCUAGCUGGUGAGAAAGUCCAAAAUGGAAAUUGUGCAUUUUUGAAAAUUUGAGAUGCAUUAAUUUAUUACAAGAUGACUUGGGGAUGAUUUUAGCUGGGGGAAAAACGAAAGUAAACAAAAGGUGGUGUCAAAGUGUCAAUCUUUGACUUGUGUUUUUGUCAUGGGACUUUUAGUAGAAAAUGUAGGAGCAGUUGUCAAACAUGCAGAACCUGAUGUUUAGUCUUUCUUAAGCUUUCCAUCUUGCUACGGCAUUUGGAUUUAGUGUAAAACUGUUUGUGCAGUUAGUUCUCCAGGUUGUGUAGUUGUAACCUUCCAGCCCAUAGCUCCUUCUUGGCCUCUGCCAAUAGAAUAAAUUAUGUAGCUUAUUCUAUAUGCAUAAUUUUGGAGGUUUGUUUCACACAGAGGAUGUUUGCAAACCCAGCCUUAGGUGACAUUGCUACACUUCUUUUCUGACAAAAUGCUAAGUGCCACUGCCUGCUUUUCCAGCUUUGUGGUUUCCUUGUUUAGAACAUCCCCACUGAUCACUCAGAUAUCUCUUUGUGCACAUUCCCACUAUCACAGGAAGACCACAACUUUUAUGUUAAUCCUUACUUAGCAUUAAUGAACCUCUGCUCCCAAAGCCUAAUCUGCCAGCCUUGCAAAAUAACUUUGUAAUCCUAUCUGCCCUUUAACUGAUACACAGCCACUCUGUGCUUUCUUCCUUGUUUUCUCAUCAUAACCCUGUAUUUUACUCCUUCUCUCCCCUACCUGUGAAAAGACUACAGUAUUGGAGCACUAUUGUAAUAGCUGACUUCAUUAUUGUUCGCUAUUUAUAGGCGUACUUAUAACAGAAUUCUUGGGGCAGUUUACUUCGGGGAAUAAGCCAAAUUAAAAAUUAAUAACGAAAACAAUAAAAUAUGAUGUAGCUGAAAACCCAGGUAGCAGAGAGUAAAACAAUUAAGAGCUAAAAGAGAUUUAAAACACCCUGUGCAGGAGCUGAUUUAAAAGGCCUGGUGGCAGGGCCGCCCCAGCAUUCUCGACUAUUUGCAGAAGGACAAUGACUAGUCUCUUUAAAAUCCAAGGGACUGGGCUUUUAAAAAUCCAAGGGAUUGCCAGAGCAGAAUAUUAUUCUGGCAUAACGUGAAUCUUUUAUUGGCAGAGAGUCUGAAGUACACUGAUUUGGAGAAUUUCUAACAUGUUGGCAAUGGCUCUUACUUGAUAAUUGCAAAGAUGACAGUAAACUAAACGUUGUUUCUCCUGACAGAAACUUAUUUGAAGAAAUAGUGAGAUGAUUAUUGCACAUGCAUUUUAUUUUCAUUGGACUCAUAGUCUGAUGGAAAAGGAGAGCAUAAAUGAUGUGGUAUGAGAAACAGUUUUCCUAUUCAGUAUCCAUUUCCUCCAAAUCAAAGUUUUAAAAGCUAUUACAGUUUUAAGUACUCUGCAAAAUGUAGUUGGAAGGACAGUUUCUACUGAAAAAUUACAGAGCUGGUCAUUUUCUACCAUUACUUUUCCCAUAUUUUUUAAAUAAUAAAAACAUUAAAAUUGUGCCAUUAGAGCUCAAAGCUGCAGUAAUUUUUUCCUGUGCCAAAAUCUAGCAUGUUCUGAAAUGAUAGGCAUGGUAGGAUUUAGAAAACCUUUAGUGCAGCCAAUUAAAUAUCAGUUAUCAACUGAUUAUGAUUUUACUUCAUAUAUUAAUACUGAAUCUUCCUGUGUUCAGGCUUUUGUAGACAAAAUCACACCAUCUACGUGCAAGAGAGAAGUACAGGCUUGGAAUAAUUCAGAGUUACACACAAGUACAAAAAUUAUGCAGGGAAAAAGUCCUAAGGGGUAAAAGAGCCCCUGAACAUCUCCACAAAAACUCAGUUUUGUGGUGUGCUGAGAGGAGGCAACCUGGUGGAAGAGAGAGAUAGAAUGGAGUGUUUGGAACAGGUGGACAAAGACAUUAUAGAUUGUAGAUAUAGGUAACUGACUAGUAAGAACCAUUCUCUGAGCUAGGAAGUGACCUAUCCAAUAUUGAGAUGUUUCUUCUAUGUGAACUUAGUUGCGGUGUUGCAGGAAUCAGCAUUGGCACAGUGGGAUUCCCCGUGCCCUCAAUGGCAUCCCCAAAUCUGCUCUGAGGUGUUGGGAGAUCCCCAGAACAGAUUUUAGGGGGCACAGUGGGAGGAGAAGGGGAUAAUGUUCUAUUACGCAAGGAGAAAUCCUUACAUUGAUGGGACGUUCACCUUAGAACUAUGUUGAAUACAACCCCUAAUGUAUAUAUGUUGCCUUUAGAUUCUUGUUCAACACCUGCCAAUAGCUAAGGCAUAUUGUAAAAAAUGUCUAAUAAUUAGAACUUAAAUGGAUAAUAGUCACAAUAAUCAGAAUUUUAUAUUUUUGUUUCUCAGGUGCUGGUGAUCAGAAUCUCUUCAGUUCUCUGUAUCCAACACUUUCUCAGCAACUCCCAAGAGAGCCCAUGGAAUGGAGAAGGUAGUUCCACUUUUCUUCAUUAUAUGCAUUGGGCAAGGAAUCAGUGCAGUGAUGCACUCUGGCAGUCUCUUGACAAGACUUGAAAUGAGUUUAGAAACUUAGAAGGAAUAGACAUUGCAAGUUUUCAGAGCUGUGACGUAGCUCGCAAUUAAUUGUUACACCUUUUACUUUGUUCUGUCUCAUUGUCUUAAAAGUAUAACUAUUCUGGCUAAAAGUUUUGGGUGGAUGCUGCAAACAUAAUUCCUGUUUCAGAAUAGAAUAUGUGUUAAGAUAAUAAAGAAUGUAAAUAGAAAUCACUUGAAAAUGAGGGAUUUACCUAUUCUAACUGUUCAUAAGAAUCAUGGUAAACAAAAAAUGGAAUGUCUUCCAUUAAAAACUUCUGUAAAUUCAGAUUUGCUUUUUGUAAGAGAAGAUAAGUUUACACAAUUUUUAAAUACAUUGUACUACUGCAUCUGUAUUUCUGAACUGAGUAUUGCCAUCUUACCAUAGCCAAUAUAUUUGCCCUACAUGCUUUCUUUUUCUCAGCUUUGCUCUGUGUGUAGUAAUAUCCAUGUUCUAUAUACUAUUCAGAUCUUAUGGGCGUGCUCCUAAGAUGAUUCAUCUGGAAUCUAAUUUUGUACAAUUUAAAGAAGAGCUACUACCUAAAGAAGGGAACAAAGCUCUUCUGACAUUUCCCUUUCUCCAUGUAUAUUGGACAGAAUGCUGUGUAAGUACGGGUGUGUGUUUUAAAACAUGAACUAACAGCUAGGUAAUUUGUAGUUAGCUUUGCAUUCUCUUAUAGUUUGUGGGUGAACUUAUUAAACUCAGGGGCAAGGGGAACUCUGUGCCAACUAGAAUAAUGCCUCAUCUAGUUAGCAAAACUAGUGUUAACAGUGUGUAUUUAAAAUAAACUGUUGAAGAAUCUUUUACAGAGCGAUCUGUCAAGUGAAAAUACUACAGUCCCCCCCGCCCCCAUUCAGUUUGAUAGUUUUAGAACUCCCCACCCCCUGGCAUUCCAGGAAAAAGCAUUUCAAGUAUGUUUCAGUAAACCUGAUGUUGUGUUUAAUCUCUUAUAUCCUUAGGACACAGAAGUGUACAAAGCUACAGUAAAAGAUGACAUCACCAAGUGGCAGAAUGUUCUGAAAGUUCACAGCUCUAUGGAUUGGUUAAUUGUAGUGGUAGAGUGUGAUGCCAAGAAAAAAAACAAAACGAACAUCCUUCCCCGAACAUCUAUAGUAGAUAAAAUAAGAAAUGACUUCUGUAACAAGCAGAGUGACAGGUUAGUAAUUCUGGAGCUUAAUAAUUUUAAUUUAUUGUAUUUGUAGCUGGACAACUUUUGAUGGUCUUUCAUCUGAGAAAAGGGUGGGGCAUCUUAGGCACUCUUCAUGUUGCAGGACUGCACUCCCAUCAUUCUGACCAUUGGGUGUACUAUUUGGGGCUGGUGAGAGUUGGAAUCCACAACAUAACUUAGCAAUGUAAGGUUGACCCUUGUUAUAUCCAAAAGUAGUGGGAAAGAGAAGCUUCAGAGCUCAAUCUGUUCCUGCCAUUAGAGAUGCUGGGGGACUGCUUCAGAUAUUAUGUUUGCAUGUUGCCAACAUCAUAGAAUUCUAGUGCUUGUCAGCAUGCUUACAAAAACAAUUUGGAUCCUAGAUAACUAAGAUUGUUAUACUGUCAAACAUGGCUUAAAUUUUGUGUCUUUGUGGCAGCUCUUAGAAAGAAUAUUUGUUAUUACUCUGAGUCUCUUCUAAAUGAUAUCAUCUAGUAUUUAUCCUUGUAAUUUUUCCUAGUAAGUUAUGAGAGGGUAAAAGAUAACCUUGUUCUACAAGCGAUCCGAUACUUCUUCAGGUAUUCAUGGGCUCCAACUCCUGUCAGCCUCAGUCAGUAGCUGGGGAUGAUUGAAGUUGUAAUCAAGCAAUGUUGGGCUCUCCACAGGUUCCACAUAUCUGAUUUAAAAUUUGCUUGCUUAUUUUAAGAAUGAUUCUAAUACAUGUGAAGUAGUCCUUUAGUUUGUACUUAUUUUGUAACUUUUGGAACACAUGCUGUAGAACGAUAUAGUGUGUGAAUAUGUAUACAAGGGCUUAUUAGAAACCUGGACAUACCACAUUAGUUGAGAGGAUUCCAUACUAGGCAUUAUUCAGUGCUGCAGUUGCACAAGAACGCUCAAAAAAGUUCCCUGCACUGUUAUUCGUUUGUUUGUUCGUUUGUUCCUUCCUUCCUUCAUUCAUUCAUUCAUCCAUUCACUCCUAUGUUGCUUAUAUGCCAAAAUGGCUUCUAUUAUUCUACUGCAGCCUCAGUGCUCCCUGAGGGGGCACUCAGGAAAGGCCUGACAUGUAGGACAAGAGGAAGUGGGGAAUUGGUGGAAAUAAGGCAGAGGCAGCUCACUUUUAUAUUUAUAUAUGCACAUUUGUACUCUACCCUGUCUUUAAAACUCAGACCAAUUAGCACUUGGAUAAAACAUACAGUCAUGCUGGCCACAUGACCCGGAAGCUGUACACCGGCUCCCUUGGCCUAUAGAGCGAGAUGAGUGCUGCAACCCCAGAGUUGGCCAUGACUGGAACUAAUGGUCAGGGGUCCCUUUACCUUACCUUUAAAACAUACACUUAACUUGCAGUGGAAAUAGCUCUUGUUGUUACUCUCUGACAAAUCACAUAGUUUCUUAGGCUGUAAGUCAUUGGUCACAAAGUUGAAGUUCCAUGGAGUCCAUUCUUAGAAAUCACUUGAUAGGAAGAAACCACAUGGUUUUGUAACCGGUGAGUGUUGCAAAAUAGGCUGGUGAAACAAAAUAUUUCAGAAUAUUUUGAAACAAAAAAUAGUCUGUUGGCUUUCUUCCAGUUUACCACUUUCACAAAACUUUCCAAAUGAAAAUACGCAUUCUUGUUCAGUCAGGAACAGAGCAAAGUGGCAAAGAUUUAAGUCUAGCUCAGUUGGCAGAGCACGAGACUCUUAAAGAAUCUCAGGGUCAUGGGUUUGAGCCCCACAUGGGGCAAGAGAUUCCUGCAUUGCAGGGGGUUGGAAAUGAAUUCUGUGAUUCCUCCUCUGGAAGAAAGCAGGGCCAGCAAGAAAUGUCCACUCAAGAGGCUUCUGCCUUUUAGUGGGAAGCGGGGGGUGGAAUCCAAUAUAGUGCUAAGGAGAACAUUCGGCCAAUGCAAUGAUUCCUGUUCUGGCGCAUUCCCAACCCUCCAGAGCAGAUUUAGGGAUGGUGCAUGGGAAGGUGGGAGGGUAAGUCCUGUUGUUCAAGUGAGCAUCCUUGCACCAUGGAGCAUAUCAAUACAGUGCUGUUUAAAUUUAUUUUUGUCCUAAUGCUCCUAUGCAGGUCAGGGUAGGAUUGCUAAUAUUAACAGGGCCCCUUUUGAGCUGCAAAUAGAGGCCAGGUUUGCUUGGGUCUCGCCAUUUUCUCAGCCUUGUCUUUCUCCUCACACUUCUGCAGUUAGAUAGGAAAUAAUGAUGCACCAAAGCAGCUCGUAUUUGCACUCUCCAUUGCUAAAGUUGUGUCCUUAGGCAGCACUGUUUUUGGCUAUCCCUUUGCUGCCUGCUCUCUUAUUGGCUUAUUGGAUAACAGGCUGGCCUAUUUUACUAAUAUUGGGAUAUUUUUGGAAGGAGGACAGAGGUUGUGUGUACACACACACACACAUACCAUGCCGCAUGCGGAUAUUAUUUAGGUACCUCUGAAGAGUUCCUUUUGACCAAACCUCUUCUAAGCACUCUGUGUCCUUUUUUUUUUUUUACUUCCUUACUUUAUAACACCUCAGUACAAGUGAUCUGUCUUGGGUUUUUGCUUGUGAAAACCUUCAAUACUGAAACCUUGAAACUGGGUGGUUCUUCCCUACAGAAGGGUUGUCGCUUGUCGGCCCCUCCACUUUGUUUUAGGAGGAGUACUUUUUAAUCUUUUCCAUUUGUUUUGUUUUUUUGAUUUUUUUGUAUUAUUUUAAAGCACCUUAAGACUCUGGUGGUGUGAAGUGAUAAAACCCUUUUCCUGUUAUUCUUGCUAAAAAGAAAGUAACCUCCUAGCAAGUCUAGUAUCUCAUUUGAUUUGUCCAUUCUUGACCAAAAUAUUAAUUAAUCUAGCUCAUUUGGUUAGAACAUGCAGCUGAUAACACCAAGGUCGCAGGUUCGAUCCCCCAUAAGGGUCAGCUGCAUAUUCCUGUAUUGCAGGGAGUUGGACUAGAUGAUCCUCGGGGUCCCCUCCAACUCAUAUGAUUAUACGAUUUUAUGAUUCUUUCCUCCUUACAGAUGUGUAGUGCUAUCUGACCCCUUGAAAGACUCUUCCCGCUCUCAGGAGUCCUGGAAUGCCUUCUUGACAAAACUCAGGACCCUGCUUCUCAUGUCUUUUACCAAAAACCUUGGCAAAUUUGAGGAUGACAUGAGAACUUUGAGGGAGAAGAGGACGGAGCCAGGAUGGAGUUUUUGUGAAUAUUUUAUGGUCCAGGUAUGGUAAAGCAGUCUAUGGAAAAAUAAACCUUUUUAAAACUGGUCUUGUACUGCUUGCAUAAAACAAUGUGUUUGCAUUAAACUGUUUCCUUUAAACUGUGUAGAGCUAAAAUCAUGAGCAAAAGUUUUUGUUUCAGUGCUUCAUUUUUCUUGCAUGAGUCAAUUUAGCUACCUUUCACAGAGCUUAUAGGAAAGGGAUCUGAAGAUGCAAACCAGUACCCACUUUGUACCAUCAAGAUUAACACAUUUUCAAGAGUGAAGACUUUCCUUAAAAAUUGGCCCUUGGUUUCCUAAGAGUAGUCUUCGGUUAUUUUUGCCAGGGUGGGGGACGGGGGAGAUACCAAGUACUGUACAUUUUUUGUUGCUACAGUUUUGUUGCUUCCAUUUUGUUGCACCCUAACUAUUAACAUAUAUUUUUCUUUAUAUAUUAAAAGGAAGAAUUGGCCUUUGUCUUUGAAAUGCUGCAGCAAUUUGAGGAUGCCCUUGUGCAAUAUGAUGAGCUGGAUGCCCUGUUCUCCCAGUAUGUUGUCAACUUUGGAGCUGGUGGUAAGUAGUUAAAUCAGAAGUGUAAUUGAGCAUUUCCAUGAAGAGAUCUGAUGACUUUUGCUUUGCAAAAUUAAAUUCGAGCAAUCCAAGGGUUACAAAUAAUCCACUUGAUUGUGUAAACUUUUUAUUUCCCCGUAAUAAAAAGUGUAUUCAACAGAAAACUUUAAUACGGAUGUGUGUAGCUUAAUUCACAUUGCUUCAAUGUGGCAGGUGUCGUUACCUCUCACUGUGUUUUGCAUAGAUGGCGCAAACUGGCUGACUUUUUUCUGCCAACCGGUGCGAAGCUGGAAUGGGCUGGUUCUUCGUAAGCCAAUAGACAUGGAGAAAAGAGAACUGAUUCAGAACCAGGAAGCCACUCUGUUAGACCUGCGCAGUUACCUCUUUUCUCGCCAGUGCACAUUGCUGAUCUUUCUCCAGAGACCGUGGGAGGUAUCUCAGCGAGCGCUAGAACUUCUCCACAACUGUGUGCAAGAGCUAAAGCUCCUUGAAGUAAGUUUAUGUAAAUUAAUCCGUCAAGUGAUUUAAUGCUUAAAUUCCCUCCCUAGCUCCUUGUUUUGCUCUGGAUUAUAGAGUGACCAAAAACAGGGGUGGGCAAAAGACAGAUUGGGGUCUGCGGGUAGAUUUCUGGGUGAUUUGAAGUAUGUCAGCAAGGAUUCACACUCCUGGUCGUUUAACGAUAGCUACAACCAAAAUAUAUUUAUUAUUAUUAUUAUUUAAAUUUAAAGUCUAUUACGAUGAGAAAUGUUGGUGGAGGUGGGAACCAGGAGUAGUUUUUGUGUGUGAAAGGACUGUGAGCUCAAUUCUGUUACUAAAAAUAAAUUCCUGAUUCCAGCCGAGUGUCUGCUCAUAGUUUUACAUUGCCUCCUGACACUAUUUGCACCUGACUUCUUUUUGUUGGGUUUUGGGGUUCUAAUAAAAAGACAAACCCAAAGUAAAUCCCGCAAACCUGAAGUCUUCCCAACUCUGAGCUUAAGGGUCUUUUAGGGUGGCAAGAACUUGAGCCUCCUUUGGAAAGCGAUUAGCUAGUUUGUGUGGAAGUUUGUGGUGUAUGGCAGGAGAUGAUAGAUUGUCCUCAAGACCUGGCUUUGUGUUGCAUGCAACCCCCCCCCCAAAAAAAAAAGAAUAAAUGUUAUAAGAAUAAAUGUUGGGUCUGAAUGGUGGCUUUGUUGUUCUUAUCUUUAGGUCUCUGUUCCUCCUGGCGCUUUGGACUGUUGGGUCUUCUUGAGCUGCUUGGAGGUUUUGCAGAGAAUAGAAGGUUGCUGUGAUCGGUCUCAGAUUGAUGCCAAUGUCUCCCACACAGUCGGCUUAUGGAGUUACGCCACUGAAAAGGUAAACAAAGGGAGUGAUGCAUGUUGCCGAACUGUCAGUGGAAAAGUUUCAUAGUUACAAUCAGUACAACUUUUGUUUAAUGGGAGAUAGGCCAAUAUGAUACUGAAGUUUUGCUUCUAACGGAUCAGACAAAUAUUUGUAAGGGCAGUGCACUCAUUUUUCUUCUUAACCAAACACUGUACCCGGAUAUAUUUGGCUAGCUACAUUCCCAGAUAAUGAACUUUUGUACUUCUUGCAUCAGUCUAGCUGAAAAUCUCUCUCCCCGCAAGACCCUGGCAUGUGCAUACAAAUGUAGUUUUUCAUGUGUACAUUGGGUGAGGGGAUUAGCCCACCUGCUCAGCAUGGCAGUCUAUUCUCCACAUCGUACACUGGACAAUUGUAUUUGCAUAGGGGUGUACAUGUCUGCAGUCCAAUGUGUGUAGGACCUAUAUGUACACGAUGCAGUUGGAUCCUUCAUGUGAUAAACUCCAUGUUGGGAUAUGAGCGGUUGCAAACAGGGGAAUGGGAUUUUACAUGAUUAUGCAGAUUAUACAAAUAAUGUGAAGCAUUUGGUUGGUUACUGUUUCGGAAAGAAUGCAGAGCUAACAGACUAACUCAGUAUGGUAGUUCUCUUGCAGGUGCCCUGUAAGAUUUUGGAUGUGUUGGGGUGGCGAUGCAUACAUGUGACUUAUAACAUUAUUUGAAAUGAAUCUGUCAGGUUUAAGACGGUUUCUUUCAUCUGGUAUCCUACUCUUAUCAGUUGCUCACAUUUAUUUUCCGGAAAUAUAGAUGUUAUUCGCUGGAAAGACAGAAACUUAGCAGUUAUUGAGGCGUUAUGAUUGUCAAAAUAAAUUUGUGAGGUGUUGCAAGACUCUCCGUGUGACUUGGGAGUUAAAAAUGUAGCCAGUGUUUUCAUAUUUCUCUUGUCAUGAAGUACAGUGACAGAACUUUUUAUUUCUGCAGUUGAAGUCCCUGGGUUACCUAUGUGGACUUGUGUCAGAAAAUGGACCCAACUCAGAAGAUCUUAAUCGAACAGUUGAUCUUCUAGCGGGACUUGGAGCUGAACGCCCUGAAACAGGUAUUUACAGAAAAUGUUUUAUGAAACUAUGUGAAGGCCCAAUAAGUUCGCUUGAUGUCAGUCAUGCUUUUGAUGGACAACUAUUGUUUGCUUCAGUAUUUGCCAAAGUUAUCCAUGUUCAGCGACAGUUGGCUACUGAAAUUUUCAUACUGAAAAGGGAUUAAUCUUCUCCACAAUGCAUGUAUCUGGACCAUUUUUGAAUACCACAGAAAUUCUUUUAUGCUAUACUUAUUGGAGUGGUGGACAGGAAGUUUGUAACUCUAGUCAAAUAACAUAACGAUGCUGGUAAUUUGAGUUUCUCGUUAUGUGUUUGAUGUGCUAAUAGAUCCCUUCAGAUAACUGUGUGUAGCCGCUGUUUGUUUUUUAAAUGACACUUUUAGUCUUGCUGUGCAGUGAAAAUUUAAAAUAUCACCAUUUCCUUUGAAAUUAAAGAGUAGAACUGUGUUCCUGUUAACAUAAAUAAUAAUACAAUUGUAGAGUUGGAAGGGAUCCUGAGGAUCAUCUAGUCCAACCCCCUGCAAUGCAGAAAUAGACAGCUAUCCCAUAUAGGAAUUGAACCUGCAAUCUUGGUGUUCUCAGCACCAUGCUCUAACCAACUGAACUAAUUUUUUUGCACUGACAGAAUAUUUGAUAUAUCAGCUAGAUGUGCUGAAAUAAGAGCAAAUCAAAGCCCACAUUUGAGUUUGAAUCAUAGAUAGAAAACCCCAGACUCGCCUAAUGUUAAUAUCUUGGUUCUUUUAAAUAUAGCACAGGAUAAAGUGCAAUGUGGUGUCUUCCUGUAUUCAUUUUAGUUGCCUUUUGAGAACGGAAGUCUUACAUCUGCCCUAUUUUAUUUUUGAAGCCAAUACAGCACAAUCUCCUUAUAAGAAACUGAAAGAGGCCUUAUCAUCCGUAGAAGCUUUUGAAAAUCACUACUUAGUAAGUAUGCCAUAUAUAUUCUGCAUGUAGAUUCUAAAUAAGAGAACAAAAUAUUAUUGAGUGUAUAAUAUAUUGGGUGUAGUCUUCAGUCAAUAUUUGCAGUAGAAUACUAUUCCUAGGGGUAUACUAGUUUAAGAAAUAGUAUAGAAUCAUAAACAGUGUUGGGAGGGAUCUUCGAAGUCUUGAUUCAAAAUGGCAGCCAGCACCCAAAGGUUGACAAAAACCACUAUCCCACCUUGGGAAUCCUCAUGGCGAGUUUAAUGGUGAUAUCUCAAUAGGUUUCCAAACCUAUAGAGAACAAACGGAUAGACUUUCAAAAAUACGUAGCUGAUGAAGAUAACGAGCAUAACAUAUUUGAAUAUCUGGAGGCUGGUUAAAUGUUUGUUUAUAUAACUUUUUACAUAGUCUCUUACCCUGCAUAUUUUGAUGCUGAGUGACUAUAAAGUCAGUAUCUAAAUACUUGUAUGUGGAAUUCUUGUAUGUGUAAUUAGCUUUUAAAAAUAUUUGCCAGAUUUCCUCUAAACUUUCAAUAAGUAAUCAACAACUUACAACAGUGCAAAAACAAAAACAAAAAACCCAAAGGAACUUUGGAAAAGAUCUUUGUGCUCAGUCCAUAGGAUAUAUGCUUCUGAAUAUAUUAAACAUAAAGUUUUGGAACAAAGAACUGUUGUAAGAUAACUUGUCCUAAAGCCCCAUGUCUUUUCUUUUCUUUUAUCUUAUGUAGGAUCUUUCCCAUGCCACUAUUGAAAUGUACAAAAACAUUGGAAGAUCUCGCUCAGCAAAGCUUGUUGGAAAGGAUCUGGCAGAAUUUUAUAUGUAAGGAAAACUUUAAAUGGUUGCCUUUUAAUCUGAAAGGGAGAGGGACUGUGGCAGUGCAUCCUUGUUGAUUCUCCUUGAGAUCUCAGCUUUUCAUACUGUUAACCCUGGUGUCCUCCUGGAUUAUGUCUGAUACGUUGUUACAGUUAUUCCACUCCUAUGUACAGGUCCCACUUGGCAUGCCUGCUGUGGGGUCCUGUAGGGUUCUAUUUUGCUCUCAUGCUCUUCAGUAUCUAUAUGAAGCUGCUGGGUGAGGACAUCAGGGAACCAAGGUGUCAGCAGUGUAGGCUGUUGACAAAUCCAGCAGUACUUCUUGCUGGAAUAAGGUGAGACUGGAAGGUAUUGGGCUGGUGUCUGGAGGCUGUAAGGGGAAGGGUGGGCAAUAAACAGCAGCAGCAGGCUGGAUGAGGGCCACUAUAGUAAGACUGCAUCUAGAAGACAGAAGCUGUGUGGGCAGGCAGAUAUUUGGCCUGGGAACUAGAUAGGUUCCCUGAUUUGCAUAGGGUUUCAUUCCCUUUGAAGUAGCAGGUAUAUACUUGGAAGUGUUCUUUGAUUCAACACUGUCACAGAAACAGAGAUGGAUUCUGCGUUUUGAAGUACCCUUUCCCACUCCAUCUAUUUUGUCAGCUACAUCUGUUUCCACAUAGAGGUAACUCAACUGCAGUUAUUCAUGGUCAGCUAACCUACUAUCUGAACUACUGUAACACAGUUUACAUGGGGCUGCCUGUGCAAAUGAUCCAGAAACUCCAAUUAGUGCCAGAAUGCAGCUGCCAGAGUAUUGUCUGGGGGAGCCAUGGGGAAUCGCAUUAAAACCAACCCAGAAAGAUCUUCAGUGUCUGGCUAUAUUUUUCCAGGCUGAAUUUAAAGUCAUAAAUGACUUGGGAUCCAAGUAUGUGAAGGAUUGCUUCUGCUGUUACCAGCUUGCCCAGGCUCGUUGAUCUGGAGGGGAGGCCCAUCUCAGAGUCUCACUAUUAGGAAAGAUGCAUUAUGUGGUAAUAGGUGAUUCGGCCUCAUCAUUGGUGGUUCCUGGAUGGUGGAAUGCCUUCUCCCUCAAAGUGUGAUUGGCACUGACCUUGUUAACAUUUUUGUGCCAAGUGAAAACAUUUCCUGUUUGCCUGAGCCUUUCAGUGAUUUUAGUCAUUCUCUACAAUGAGAACCAUCUCUGGGGUUUGAUGUUGAUUUUAUGGACUUUUAUCUGCUUGCUUUAUUGACUGUGGUUUUAAUGGAGAUAUAAAUCACUCUGAGAUCUUCGGAUAAAGAGCAGGCUGAAAAUAUAUUUAAUAAAAUAAAUAAUAAAUAAUGCACUUAGAAAUUAAGAGACGUUUUAGGCACAUGUUCUGAAAAAAUAAUUGGAAACAAAAAAAAAUGGCUAGGUUAACCAGUUAGCUUCUCUAUGCUGCAACAGCAAAAAUAUGUGCUCAAAAUUGUAUUAGCUAUCCUAAUAAUUAGAUCCCUAACCACCAUUCCUUUAUGUGUGUGUACAGUGAUAUGGAAUCUAAGACAAGGAAAGGGUAAAUGCUCUGUAAUUCUAUCAAGAUAUGCACACAGCUUAAUAUUAUCAAGGACUCUAUGAGCUUAAAAGCUUUCAAGGUAUUCUAACAAUCCAUUCCAUGUACAAUGAAUGCUAAGCAUAUUGAAUAGGGUAUUAGUUAUUUUAUUACUAUAUAUUUAUCAUUAUUACAGCAUAAAAUUUACAUGCCUCUUGAUUGUAAAAAAAAAAAUCAAUGCUGUUUGCAAAAAGAUAAAAUAAAAUCGAGAAAAAUUCACAGCCAUACUUUAAAACAUAUAAAAGUUUAAAUACUAAAAUUGAUUAAAAUCACCUUGGCUUUCUAAGCAUCUGGGUAGGCUUGCCUAAGCAAGAAUGUUUUCAGCAGGUGCCGAAAAGAGUACAAUGAUUAGUUACCUAAUCUAUAGUUCAUGUUUGUAGCGGAUGAAAGGUUUCCAUUAAAAAAAAUUUGUAAACUGCUUUCCCCCUCCCUGUCUGUGACAUUUUCCCAAGGAAGAAGAAGAGUCCUCAAAAGGCUGAAGUCUACCUUCAAGGAGCAUUGAAAACCUACCUUGCGGAGGGAUGGGCAUUGCUUAUUACGCAUACACGGAAGCAGCUAGCAGAAUGCCAGAAACACCUGGGACAAGUGGAGAAGUAUCCUUCAAAGCAAAGGGUAUGUCUUAGGUACCUAUGUGCUUUGUUGGGGAGGGUGGGUAGUACAGCAGAAGGUGCACAGCACUGUCACCCAAGGAUUGCACCAAUAAUCAAUGUUUCAAUUUUUCAUCAGAGGUUAGCUGUUGGAGCUGCUGGGCUUUGCACAUAACCGCCAUAAAGGUCCUGGCAUCGCUUUUAUUUAUUAUUUAUUUCUUAAUACUUAUAUACUACUUGAUAGUAACUACCUUGGAAGUGGUCCACUGACGCAGCCAGUCUUCUCUCCCUCCACUCCCUAAAUCUGCUCUGGAGAGUUAGGUGAACUUCCAUAAGGUUUAGAGGGGAGGAAAUCCUAUUGCGUGAGCAAUCUUUGUUCUGCUUGCACAUAACCCACUUAGCGCUAUGUUAAAUUACACUGCUAAUGUCAAAUAUGUGCUAAUAGGAUCAGAACUGGCAGUGACUCUCCAGGGAAGAGAACUUGGGAUCGUGGUUGGUAGCUUGGUGAAAGUGUUGACCCAGUGUGUACCAGUGGCUAAAAAUACAAAUUCCAUGUUAGGAAUAAUUCUGGUUGCUUCACCUCAAGUCAAGAAGGAUAUUGUAGAGUUCAGGAAAGGGCAGCCAAACUGGUCACAGUUCCCUCACAGUUUGAGGAAUCCUUAUGAGCCUCCCAGUUUUAAGUAAACACUCCUGAGUGCCAGUUGGCAGAGGGGAUGUGAUUUCAUCGUUGAUAUAAUUACUACUAUUAAAUAAUUACUAAGCAGGUUUGUUUUUAAAUGUAGAAUUAGGUACGGAGAUUAUGUGAUUUUUUUUUUAAAAAAAACCGUGUAACAUGAAUGAAGUAUUUGUCGUUGCAUCAAGGUGGCAUAUUAUUUGUGUGUGUAUGUAUACUCCUUUCUCCACACUUCCUUAACUUCGUGCCAGCUAUCUUCAAACAAGCAGUCUUUUAGCUGCUGAUGAUCACUUAACAGAAGAAGAGCGCAAACACUAUUGCCAAGAAAUACUAAAUUUUGCCAAACAGCCCUCAGAAGGUGAAGGUAAGACUUUCAAGAGACACUUAUUGUGAAACUUCAGCUAGGCUAUCUUUCUUAAGAAGUUAGGGCAGAGUGAGGAACCUUAGGCCUCUUUAUCUGGCUGUCAGGACUCUGCCCAGAUCACCAGACCUAACUUGGAUCCUCCUUGAGGUUUUGUUUUUCCCUGGCUGGAAUAUGUAUUCGAUCUCUGAUGGUGCCCCUUGCCUUGCCUUGCCUUGCCGGAGGCUAGCAUGGUGUGUGAAAGUAUAAAACUAGCCUAUUGUACAAAUUAUAUUUGUUGUUCUGUGCUCUUUUGCCUCUGUCUUUACCCACCAUGGGCACUACCCAGAGUAUUGCCCUGAAGGGAAUGUGGCCCUCAGUCUGAGAAAGAUUCACCACACCUGAGCCAGUGGCUUUGGUUUUGAAUGCCUUUUAAAGCAAGAUUAGUUUCAUCAUCUUGUAAGAUUUCAACUUGCUCCUUUUUGAAGGAAUAAUUUUGUAUAGGUGAUUCCAUUUUUAUUUUUUUUUUUAGUUCCUUCAUUUUAUUACAUGCUUCUGCCCUCUUCUGCCUACUAUUUUGUUCAAUUAAUAGCUUCAGAAAUUUACUAAAAGGAUGCUGUGGCUUUAGGUAUUGUGUGAUUAUACAGAGCUCGUAACAUUUGCAGAAUUAGGUUGCAGAGUUUAGUUUCCUGAAAAUCUCAGCUUUCAUUUUUAUUGCACAAGUUUCUAGCCCAUAUGGUAGGGAAGAUGUACUUGAAAGUGUGUUAAAAAUGAAGCUGAGAGGGUGGCUGAAUUAGAUUUCUAGUAGUUCGGAGAUGGGGUUUACAUAGUACUCUACAUAGUUAUUUGUCUCUCCCCAGGAUUAGGCCAAUUAGAAUAAAUUAUGCAAAGCAUAUAGAUAGCAUAUUAUGCAGAAUAUAUCGUCCAAAUGUGUUUAGGUUGCGGAAUUUGGUCUUUUUGACACAAUUAAGCAAAAGUGAUGGGCUGUAUCCAGCAUUAGUGAUAGUCAGAGUAGACCAAUUGAAAUUCAUGGGCAUGGCCAACUUAGGUCUAUUAAUUUCAGUGUAUUUAUUCCGAGUAUAACUUAGUGUGUUAUACUUCAGCUGGAAUUCGAAGAGUACUUUUGAUGAGCCCAAAGACUUGUAUUAUCCCUGCAUUGCAGGGGGUUGGACUAGGUGAUUCUUGGGGUUCCCUUCCAAGUCUGCAAUGCUAUUAUUCCAUGAUUGCAGAACCUCCAGAAAUGUUUCCACUCUGAGUCUGGAGAUACAUCGAGGCUUAUGAAUCUGUGCCCCUAAAGUUGUGCUGUGAUUCACAAACCAAGAGUUCAUGCUCUUCCUUAAGAGUUACUAGGUAUUAGCUGAAUGGUAUCUUUGCUUUUAUUACACUCAUAUGGUCAAUAGAGUUUCACAUGUAUUUUCUUUUAUGUUUGUUUGCAGAUCAGAAAGUUAUACUGUCCAUGCAUUCCUUUGCACAGCUGAAGAAUCUGCAUUUUGACCCUCCUAAUGCGGUGGUCCAUGUGGGUGGAACACUCUCUAUUGAACUGACGUUGGCAAAUCAGAUGCCCAUCGCGGUGAAAGUGGAUCAGAUUGCUAUUAAUAUCCAUUUCAGCAUUGAAAAAAAUAGCUACCGGAAGACAGCUGAGUGGCUCACAAAACACAAGACUUCCAAUGGUAUUAUCAGCUUUCCAAAUGAGGUUGUAGGUCUCUCUCUAUCAAGAAGUAGCUUGCCGAUGUUGGAGUUGUAUGAGAUGUAUGAAAGGAGCCCCUCGGAUAAUUCCUUGAACACAACAGGCAUCAUCUGCAAAAAUGUGCACAUGCUGUUGCGAAGGCAGGAGAGCAGCUCUUCUCUGGAAAUACCCACGGGGCUAACUCUGGAGGAUGGUGCCCACGUUUUAAAAUGUAGCAACUUAAUACUGGAACCAGGGGUCAAUAACAUAACUUUCAGAACCCAGGUAUGUUCUUACGGAAGGCAAGCGGUAACCUGGUAUUGCUCCCUUGCCUGAAAUUUGCCACUCUGCUACUUCUUGCUUUUAGCCCCUCUCGCGCCUGGCUGGCCUUGACUUAUUUAGAAGAAAGGCUUCUAGCUGUGCCAGGAUGUCUAGCUGGUUCUGUGACAUGUAUCUGUAGAAAAUCAGGAUUACUCUGAGCCAAAUAUCUUUUAACACAUUAUUUUCAGUUCUUGUCACUUCUCUAAAGUUUAAAAACUUUGAGCUGCUUAGCUGGAAUUAACAUUCAAUCUACCGUGCUCAUUGUCAAAACAGUGUGCAGAAAAUGGUUUUAGUCAAGCUUGCUGAGAAUUAAUUUGCAAGAUGUUUAAAGUGAUAAGCGGUCUCUUGAUCAUACAAUAGUUUGUACCUUUAACACUUUUAAUAGCACAAAAAACCCUGCACUUCAGCUUUGUCCGGUUUGCCAGCUACGGUCAAUACAGUGGUGCCUCGGGUUAAGAACUUAAUUCGUUCUGGAGAUCUAUUCUUAACCUGAAACUGUUCUUAACCUGAAGCACCACUUUAGCUAAUGGGGCCUCCUGCUGCCGCCGCGCAAUUUCUGUUCUCAUCCUGAAGCAAAGUUCUUAACCUGAAGUAAUAUUUCUGUGUUAGCAGAGUCUGUAACCUGAAGCGUAUGUAACCCAAGGUACCACUGUACUGUACAGAGAUAGCCUGACCACUGUAGUCCAUGCAUUGCUGACCUCAAGGCUGGACACUGUAAUGCGCACCAUGUGAUGACUGGCCUUGGGUCUGGUUCAGAAGUUCCAGUUGGUGUAGAAUGCAGUAGCCCAAUUUCUGAUGGGAGCUUCUGGUCGAGAAAAUGUUACAUGGUUGUUAAAACCAUUGCACUGGCUGCUCAUCUGCUCCUGAGCCUGGUUCAAAGUUGUCAUCAUAAUUUACAAAGCCCAGAACAAGUUAGGUCCAGGGAUCACCUGAACCUUUAUAUCCCAGCUCCAUCACCGAGAUCACCUGUAGGAAUGUUGGCCAUUCUUCAAGUUGGUGAGGCUCAUUAGACUGCAACAAGAAUUCAAGUCUUUAGUGUCAUGAGCCCAGUCCUGUGGAAUAUUCUGCCGAUAGAGAUUCAGCAGGCACCUUCUGUGCCAUCUUUGAAAGACCUGCUGAAAAUUGUUCUGUCCCACCAGGACUAUGCAGGCGGUUAUGAAUACAUCCUUAAACAAUGGUUAAUUGAUGUCUCUUUUUAACUGUUUUGUGUGGUUUUUAUUACACGGUUUUGUUUCAGUGCUGUAAACCGCUUUGAUACAUAUUUUUAAAUGACAUAGUGGCAUGCAAAUAUUUUAAUAAAUUAAUAACAUCAGUGGCCUGUUCAAAUGUUUCAUUACUGCAGUGUCUUGAAUUUCAUAGGUACAUGCUUUUUUAGUAGGAAAGAGUAGUGGAUUGCUCACUUUUUGUCAGUCACUUGCUAUAUAUUAGCCAAUUUGUCUAAAAUAGGACUAGGCUAUGUAUGGCCUACAUGAGCUUUCCCCAGCCAGUGUAGUAGAGUAUACUUGGUUGCUCUGAAGCCACUGCCAUUCAUGCUCAAAGCAGAGUAGGCAACAAUGGCAAAGCAACUGGAGUUGGAUUAAAAGUGGGUAGAUGCCUCCCAUAAUAGACUCGACUGGUUUGAAAUGCUUAAGCAUUGUGCUUCUUUAGCUUUAUUGUGAGUUCAUGCAACUUUAUUUUGAAAGCAUGCAAUUAGCUGAAAUCUCUGCUCCGCUAUCCUCAAGCAAUGUCCAUGAUGUAUCAGAAACCUUUCUUCAAGCAUUGUGGAGCGCAAAGUGCAGGUCUUUGUUGUUCCCUUCUUCUGUUUCAGAACUUCUCUGCAAGCGAGAUUGACUAAAUGUACUGCGCGUAUCAGAGGCCAGUGCUAGCAAGCCAAAGUUUUUGGCCAAGGGACAAAAUGUAUAUAGCCUUUGGCAGUAGUAGGUCAAGUGGUACACCUUUCAGUAAUUUGAAUAGCAGUACCAUUCAAUUACAGGCUAGCCACCUUCUGGCUGCAGACAGGAAUUGCAAAUAAAUGAGUUCUGUAUUAAUAUAUUACCACAAAGUUCAUGAACACGUUUUAAGUGGUAUUUCUACAGAGUGCUCUACAGCAACCGUAAACACAAAUGUUGGCUGAUGUUCUGAAAAUACCACAAGCAAACAUCACUUAACAGCAUAGCUGAGAACAAUUGUUGCUUUAGAAGUUAUGUCACCUUUGAUGUAAAAAAAAAUAAUAUACAUAUAUGAAUUUGUGCCACAAAGCAGACUGCUUACCAGCAUCCUUAAAUAAACCACAGUUCAAUAUUUUUGAAGUUAUUAAAUAAUCAACCCCCUCCCAUUUUGUAUAAAUGGGUGCCAGUAGAAAAAUAAAACUACAGUUGAAUAACCUUGAAGUUACAUGGUUUCUUUCUCUCACGCAUACCCCAAUUUGAUUUUCAGCCUGCUAUUUUAAGACUGUGUGUUUAUUAUGCAAGAGUCCACGUGUGGUGCAGUCAAUUAUAUAGGGGAGACAUUAACUUAAUAACAACACACCUCAAGCUAUUCAAAUGCUUGCCGUUCUAUACAUAUAAAAUCUGGAUAUACCAACAGCCACAUGCUCAUACAACUAUGCAGCCCUAAACUUUUAUUAUUGCAAUGUAGCCUGUUUUGCAUGAGUAUAUGUUUAUAUUAAGAAUAUAGUAAUUACCAUUUAUUCAAUAUUUCCUAGUGAAAAUAGUCUCCAGGGGACUCAAGGUACUCACAGUAUAAAAAAACCACAUUUUUUAAAAUAACUAAAUAAAAGAAUUAAGUACAGAGAUAAUAGUAAUCAAUGAGAAUUUCAAUACAAUUUGAAAAGCAACACACAUAUGCCCAAGAAAAUCCAUGUAUCAUAACUAACUCAAAGCAGACCUGUUUAAGGCCCAGCAGAGCAUAAUAGCAAAAGUAAGGUCUUUACCUGGUGUUGAAAAGAUGUUAAUGUUAUUUUUUCCUGUAUGCAAAUUAUUAUUAUUAUUAUUAUUGUUAUUAUUGUUAUUCUGGCUUCUACAUAUGUCUCCAGGUGAUUUACAGAAAUUUGAAAUGUUCUGUCAGAUCACCUGGUAAAACUGAGAUCCCUAAAGAAUAUUGUUUUUUAUUUUUCUCAUAGGGCAAGGAUCCUGGAACAUACACACUCAGGCAGUUAUGCAUUUCAGUGGGCAAAAUGCAGUUUGCCCUUCCUCAUAUUUACCCAAUAGUGCAGUAUGAUGUUUACUCUCAGGAGCCACAGCUAAAAGUGGAGCCAUGUACUGGUAGGUAAAAUUUGCUGGAAACUAUGCAUGUUAAUUUCUCUUGCUACGUGUCUAAAUUAGGUACUUUCCAGUUUGAAAUAUGUUCUGCAACUUAUGAACUAAUUUGGAGGACUAAAUUCUCAGUAUCUAACUUGCAAAAAGAGUCAAAUAUACAAAUGCUUAACAUUCUGAAAUACACUAUCUAAUUUCAGUGUAAUGUGUUUUUGCACUGCCUUGAUAGUUUUAUUGAAGGGCAGUCCUAGAUAGCUUUUUAAUAAAGUUUGUCAGCUAGCUGCCAUUGGAAAUGGUUUGCUCGUAGCCUUGCAGAACAGCUACAUAAAUCUUGAGUAAUUAGACAUUCGUGCACCUGGUGCUUUGGAAAUAAAUGUACAUUACAUAGUUCAACUUAAAUGAGGCCAAGGGAAACUUUUAAUUGAUUUUGCUCCUGGAGCCACUGUUCUUGCCAAAUAACUUCCUACAAUAUCUGUUGCAAUAUCUGAGUACAUUCUAGGUUGUGAAAAAUUGUGGAACGCGUGCCUUGUCUUGCCUGGCUUUCCUCAGUUUUGGGGAGUUUGUUUUGGCUGUUUCCAAUGCAGGAAACUAUUGAACUUCUCAUUUACUUAGAAGAGCUUCUCAAUCAAGGAAGAUGCUGAAAUACAAGCCUUAGCUGUGAAGGCUCUUGCUGCGGAACUUAUUCCACAGUUGAAUCCACCAACUUGAAAAUUCUCUGUAGGGUUUUCCCUACUUAGAGGAAGUGAAGUUUGCAUUUCACAUAAUUAUUUUGAUGAUUAAUAUGCAAAAAAGGAGGGAUGCUGAAGGAUUCCUGUUUCCUCUGGGAGUGAAGCUACCCUUUCCCCCUGCCCCUCAGAGCCAUACACGGUUCAGCAUACCGAUUUGUGGGUUGGUCCACAAUUUACAAACCAACAUAUGCAUGGGUCCAGCAGCACAACUGAGCAUGCUGUGGUUUAGUUACUAGCUGCUCCAAGCAGCUGUAGAAUGUUAGAGAGAGAACGUGGCUCCCAGGCCUUGUUGCAAGGACAUUAUUAUUUUUCUUUUAUUAUAACACUGCAGAUUUUCUCUAUCUGACUAUCUAUCUAUGCAUGUAGACAGGACACAUGGACCCAAGCCAAGAUCUGGAAGCCAAGUUUCAACCAUGGUUUUAUAUUUUGGCUUUCUGGCUAGCUAUCAACCACAGAUUCUCAGUUUGGACAUAAUGGCUAGCACACGUUUCCUUUGCUUGCACAAAGGGAAGGGCAAAGCAGGAGCAAUCUUGGUGUAUAAACCAAGAUGUAAUCAUCCAUAUGUAGCCAUUGUGGUUGUUCUGAGACAGCAGAAUUAAUUGUUUCUCUUCACCACUACUUCAUUUUUUUUCCAGACAGCCUUUUGGCUGGGAUUCCUCAGAAGGUAAAAUUUACAGUGACUACUGGCCAUUAUACCAUAAAGAAUGGAGAUGCACUCCAGCUAAGUAAUGCUGAUGCCAUGCCAAUUUUGUACCAUCCAGAGAGUAAAGCUGUGAUUUACUCAAACACAAAGGGUAUGUAGUUUCGGUAUUAUUAUACUAAUAUUAGUAUUUUGAUGAAAGAGGGCUUCCUGCAGCCAGGAUAUAGAAAUGCUAUAGGAGCUGCAUGGUAAUUGUAGGUGUAAGAACUUAGCCUCCAAUUUUAUAUUUACUUCUUAAAUCUGUUUUACCGUAAUAGGUUUAAGCUUUUGUUGAUCACAACCUCAAGAAACCUGGUACAAUGUAGUAUGCAGAAUAGCUGCUUCUGAUGUUUUAGUUCUCUGAUUCUCUGCACAGCAGUCUGAAAACAUAUGGCAGGAAAAAUAUAUUUGGAAGCAGUUUAAUCUUUUAUCAAUUCCAAGCAGAGUUGUUAUCCCAAGGGUUACCAUAUAAAUUAACUUUCUCUAUCGGCACCCUCCCUGCUAACUAAUUUUUUGUUGACAGUCAUAGCCAUGAUUCAGAAGUGUGCAUCAAAACCAUUCUAAGCACUUCUUUAUUAGCAGCUUUCUGUUCCAUGGCGUAAACAUCAGUGUUUAAGAAAGGGAAUUUGUUAUGAGAGCUUCCAAAUAGGUAAAGUUCUUCAAAUUUUCUGGCAUAUAUCCAACUCUGCCCAAGUGGAGUUCUUGUGGUGCAGGACUGGGAAACCUUUGGUCUUCUGAAUGUUCCUGAACUGCAGCUCCCAUCAUCCUCAGCCAGCAUGGCCUAAUGGCUAGAUAGGAUAGGACUUGUAGUCCAAAACAUCUGAAGAGCACCAAGUUGCGGAUGCUGCUAUAGAGAACUGCUUAAGAAAAGCCACUAAACAAACUUGUUGUGUGCUGUCCAUGUAAGUCUCUGGGUUGCAUAAUGACUUUGGUACAGUGGCCAAAGUCUUGAGAUCAUGUUUGUCUCAAAGAAAGGGCAUUAGAGGAAUAUGUUAUAACACCUGCAAAAAGUUACCUAGUGGGUUAAUUCAGACAAAUAUCAAGCCAUGAUUUGUGUUAACUGUAUAAGGUAAACCAUGGCUUGUGUGGUUUCCUUUUUUCUUCAUCCCUACUGAGAGUCCCCAAAAGUUACCUCACACAGUAAAACCCAGUGUGGUUUGUUGGUUUAGAGGCAAUGCCACACUUUAUUUUGAGGAAUACCAUGUGUUUGGAGUGAAGUGAUUAUUCUUAAUUAUAGUUUAAUUGAUAUUUUAUGCAAUUGUAGAAAAGGCAUCGGAAGCAUCUCUAAUGAUCCAGUCGUCUGAGAAAAUCACAAGCAUCAGCUUACCUGUGGCUCCUGCUUAUCACGUGAUUGCCUUUGAACUCGAAGUCUUGUAUUUACCAUCAACCUCAGUAAGUGUGCUGGAGAAUGAGAACCUGGUUAGCAAAGAGCUUCAGAAAAAAAGCAAAGAGGAGACGUCUUACAAUCGUAUGGCUACAAUUGACCAAAAAGUAAGUUGGCGUGAAUAAUGUAAUACUUUAUAGCCCUGUUAAAAUAGUUACUUCCUUUGAGAUGGUAAAUUGAUUUAUUACACCCAGAAUAUUAGAGGAAUGCUGUGUUCUUUGGGACCACAAAAGAAAGCUGUGCAGUAAAAUAUUGUAAAAUGUAAAGAUAUUUUCCUCUGUGAACAAAAGCUACAUCAAAAACACAUUUUAACCACAGUUUUUUGUUCUUGAAAUACACAAAACAGCACCUCCUGAAAAAAAGGUGAUUCUUUGUAACUUCAUUCCUGUUUUCGCUACCUUGCUCUAAAGCAAAUUAAAUGUGCCUGGUGUGCAGUGACUGUAGAAAUACAAGAAAAUAAUAAUGUAUAAAAAAUACUCUGAUUUUGUUUUAUGUUCUUAUUUCCCCUCCCAAUAAAGGGUACACUUCUUAAGAAAUAUUGCAACUAUUUGAAAUUAGAAAAAUUAAAAUUUCAAUAAUAACCUGAAUAACUUUAUUCUGUCUUGCCCGCAGGUAACCAUUGAUUGUCCAUGGUCAAUUUACUCCACCAUUAUUGCACUUACAUUCAGUAUACCCUUUACAGCCAAACAUUCCUUGUUAUCAGCAGGCAAAAGGUAACUUUCUCAAGGUCUCUCUCUUAAUUCAUCAUAAAGAUAUGUCUUAUUACAGCUACAGUUUACAACAAUAUGAAUGGGCAAGGAGUUUUGAACACCUGGCCUGUUUUCUCCCUCCUUUUGUGCUUCAUAAAUCAAUGCCAUACCUGCUUACUUGAGAGUACAAAUACAUAGUGAUAUGGUAGAGUAUUUUUUAAUUUCACCUUUUCCAAUGGGAGACUAACAUAAAAACAUAAUCUAGACUUGGAGUAUAGUGGUUUGUUUAAUUUAAAUGUAAUUUUAGCAUGAUUAAACAAUGCUAUGAAUAUGUAGAGCUCUUUUUCUCUAUUAUUUAAGCCUUUAGCAGAUAGAUAGAUAGAUAGAUAGAUAGAUAGAUAGAUAGAUCUAACAAUACAAUACAUGACAAAGUAGGCUCUUUGCAGUAUUAAAAAAUAUGUUUUCCUUUUUAUUUUUAGGAAAUACAUACAGGUUUGCGUGCAGAACAUGUCAGAUAUCUCUUUUAAGUUAUCUGACAGUAGUCUUAAAAGUUCUGGCGUCUGCACAGAUUUAAGUCUUGAUCCUCUAAACUCCAAAGCUGAACAGGUAGGCUUUCUUUCUUGCUUUUUUUAUAAAUAAAUUUUUAUUAUUAAAAUAAUUCAACAUUCAUACAUGUUACGAAUAUACAAACAUCACAUCUGUUUCUCACAUCUGUUCCCCUCCCCCGACCCCUAAAGUUUAUAGAAAAAGCAUUAUGAACCUCAGCUAAUUGGAACUCAUUGACUGUGUUUGAACGCCACACUAAACUGUUAGGAAAACAUAAAUGAACCUAGCUUCCUCCCUAGCUCACAUGCUACUUUGCUUCCACAUUUUGCUCCUGCACAGCCAGGAGAAGGAGUUAGAAACUUUCUCUUCCAUUUUUCGUUAGCUGGGGUUUGUCAUAUUCAACACCAUACAAAAGAAAAAGGAGAAAAGAAAAUGGAGUCAGGUUUCAAGUCCUACACACAAAAAAAAUUGUGGAAUAGCAAUUGCUGGAGAUAGUUCUGUGAGAGGAAAACCAAAUAGCAGUUGGUUGCAGCCAUAUUGAUGGAGGGAGACUCAUGCACAGAAUUCUCACAGUGUAAACCCCAGUUUUGCUGUUCACAACCCAAAUUAUGCCUGCUUCCCUCCUCCUUGCUCCUUCCAGCUCAUGCUGGGAGAAAACAAAUCACAGCCUGUGACUUAGCAAUAUGUCAGGACCAUGGAUCAUGGUUUGUUUGGUUCCAGCAAUCCACAAUCAAUAAUCCAAGAACAACUGUUGGCCAUACAUAAUGAUUUGGGAGCAAAGCAAAGCACAAUCUCGGGUUUGGCUGUAACACUAAGCCAAGCCUCGUGGUUUGCUUUCUCCCAGCAUCAGCCAAGAGGGCUGAAACAGACACAGUUUUGCUUGUGUGUAGUUAGCUGUCAUAGCCAACCACAAGAGCCAGACAUUUGUUUUAAGCAAAACCAAUGUGAGGGAUCCAGGGUUCUGAGCAAACUAUUCAGCCUUGAGGGAAGGGGUUGCUGCAUGCAGUGCUGUUGACGAAUACACUGUCCACCCCUAUUGAAUUUUAUUUUUUUUAAGUAUGUAUAUUCUGUUCUUUGUUAGCUAACACCAGAGUGACUAUUGACAAACUCAUAACUCUCUCUUUCAGCAUAUCUACACUAAGCAAGCAGUAUUCUUUGUAUGGGAACUGAAGUGGACAAAAGAACUUCCCUCAUCUUUGCAAUGCCAGUUUUCAGUGAACUUCUGUUCAGCACCUUCUGAAGAGCACUCACUGUCUCUGAAGCCGUACACUUACGAAUUCCAGCUGGAAAACUUUUUUGUAAGUUUUUGCCACGCUGACAGCUAGAUCAGAUAGGUUGGAGAUUUUCCAGAGUGGAAGCAGGCAGAUUCAAGGAAUCCACAUUAAAAGGUGGUGGGGGGUGGGGCUUUCAAAUGUUUAUUUAUUUAUCAGUAUUCAUAUACUGCUUGCCAUUAUCACACAAUCUCAAAAUGGUUUACAGGAGUAAAAAUUUUAAAUUCCAUAUUGUAAUUCUGGAAUACUCGAAGGGUUGGUUUGUGCCAGGCACUUGCCACAUUGAGAGCACUCGAUCACUGCUUGGCAAGUAGCUCUUACUGCUUCUGCAGUGCUUAGAGCAGAUUAUCUGUGGAUUGUCACAACCUUGUGGCAUUUCUGGGCCAUUGCUGGAUAGUGGCUAGUGGUGUCAUAGAGAUUUCCGCAUGACAGCAGUGCCCCAUGGGACAAGCCAUUCUAGAUGUUACAACCUCCGUAUGGUGCAGUUGCCACAUGAUGAUAUUUUAGGAAGCCAUCACGUGUUGAAUGUAAUGUUUGGUACUUGUUUAGCAUCAAUACAAUUUGGGCUUGUUUGUUUUUACGAUACAGAGUUGAUUUUCAGGCUUUCGCCCUAGCUUUUGUGGCUUGGUCCUAUUUUUUAUGGAAAAGUAGAAGACAGACUUUCUCCUCCUCUGCCAAUCUCCUUUUACUGAUAGAUUAUCUUUCCUAAUCAGUUUAAUUGUGGAAAUGUUUAACCUUGUGUAUAUAAUGACCAUGAAUAUCAUUGUGCUCCUGCCAGACAUUAUAUAAUGUGAAAGCUGAGAUUUCCCCCCCAUUGGGGGCAGAAUAUUGUAAAACAGGCUCGUUGUGCUCACUGGAGGUGUCGAUCACCCGCCUUUCAGACCUCCUAGAUGUGGACAAAGACGAAGCAUUGACAGAAUCUGAUGGUUACUGCACAACAAAGCUAAUGUAUGAAGGUAGGCAUACGAAUUGGACUGCAUUUUGUGUGGUUUAGUCACUCAGGUCACCCAAAGUGUAUGUAGCUCUAAUAUCCGAAGAAUUUACCCCCUCCAAUUAUCUUGAAUUAAAUGUAUAGUAAUUCUUAAUCUUACAGCUAUCAACAGGAUUUUAAAUAUGUGUAUGUAUCUUCAUCAAAUCAUUUUGUUUGUAUGGCAUCACUGACUAUCUCAUGAAGCUUGUAUAAGGACUACAUCAGACAUUUUAUAUAGUUCCCCCAUAAGUGUGGCUUAUACAGUAUUCAAAAUGAAAAAUGGGUCUCAGUAACUGUUUUCUUUUAAUAGUGGUUUCUCUUUUGUUUCAGUUGUAGACAAUAGUAGUAACUGGGCAGUCUGUGGGAAGAGCUCAGGGGUAAUAUCUAUGCCGAUUGCAGUUCGGGCAACCCACAAAGUGCACAUGGAAGUCAUGCCACUCUUUGCUGGAUACCUCCCUUUUCCUGAUGUUAGGCUAUUUAAAUACCUCCCGCACUACUCUGCUCACUCUAUGCAGCUUGAUGCAGGUAAGAAUGUAUUCCUUUCAAUGCUUCGUUUGAAGGCCUGAAACACAAAUAAUCUUGAACAGUUUAUUUAGGUGCUUACAUGAAUGUUUAAAAUGCGUUAGAAUUUUUCAGCUGAGAAAGUUGGAAAGACACGUUUAUCCUGAUUUUCAGCAAGAAGGGUCUCCCAGGGUGGCUUGCAGAAUAUCAGUAAUGAGAUAGUAUCAGGCUUAUAUUUGAAAACACACAAUUCAAAAAGAAAAGGUAUUGGGAGAGAUGAGGAAAACAGGCACUAACACUUAAUUAUAGUUCUCAUGACCAGCUGGAACGGGAAAGAGGAGUCACAUAUUGCUGGUUUUUGAGCAGAGUCAGUGGAAAGGCUGUGGACUUCCACCCCUUUUUUUUCUGUCUGCCCCCAUCGUCUGAUGGGACGGCUGCUGAUAGAGAACGUUUGCAGUCCCAUUUCUCCCGUAGCUUGAUGGCAUGGCAUGACACACUUUAUGUGCAAUCAUUGCCUUGGAAUGCUUUCAGUGCUCUUAUGCGCGGGACUGGCAGAUACUUGAAGUAUGAUUUAACAGUUUCUUGCUCUUGUGGGAGUUCCAGUAAGUGCACAGAAAUCUUUAUGUGCUGGGGCUUCCCCAUUCGCUGCAAUGCUUUAUUUACUGUGCUUAUAUGCUGCCCUUAUACCAGGGCACUCAGUAAAUCACUAAAACAAAAACAAGGUACAGAAGAUGUAACAGCGAAACAGCAGAAUUGUUUCAGACCUUUUUUCCUUCCAGGAGUUGAUGGAAUGGACUCCCUGUCCUGGCCUUUUUUGCUUCCCCUUCUGGGCACCCAAGUCUGUAGCCUGUGAAGAGGUGGAAAAGGGACUGCCCCGAGUGAGCACUCUCAGGCCAAUGGCAGUUUUUCAGGAGUUGAUGGCAUGAGCUGCCCAGCCUUGGGCUCUCUUCAGUCUUUUUAGCACAUACGUUAAAAAGUGUUUCUGUAAAUAACAAGUCAUGCAGGGAUCUCUGAUUCCUUCUACGUGAUGAACCCUAAAUUGAUUCUAGUUCAUACUGUAGGUGCACAUGGAAUAAAGUUUUGCAUUUUUGUUUUUUAAACAGAUAGUUGGAUCGAAAACGAUAAUCUCUCUGUGGACAAGAAUAUGGAUGAUCAAGCUGACAGCAGCAGCAUAAAGAGCAGAGGCAGCAUACAUUCAGCAGCCAGUGCAGAACACAAAGGUUUACCAAUGCCUCGGCUGCAAUCGUUUUCACCCGGACAGGUCUUCAACUCCAGCUCUGGCAUGCAAAUCCUUGUCAUUCCCAGCAAGGAUGAUCACAUUCUGGAGGUCAAUGUCACAUGACAGCUCUCUGUACAUGUGCAUGGACAUGCACAUGAGACUGGAAAAUGAAUGCACUUUAAGGGAUCAUAACCUGAUUGUUCUUCAUUUGAAACAUUCUAACGCUAACGAGGCCUAUGGCAACUCAACACUUACUGGCCCUGGAAGCAUCAGACAAUUGUAUCAAUUUAAAUGUACAGUGAUGCUUGUGUCAGCUAGUUUAUAUUGCUAUUUUAGGGUGUUUGUGUAAAAUGAAUUUUGGGGUUUCUCUCUCUCUCUCUCUCUCUCUCUCUCUCUCUCUCUCUCAUCCUGCUGGUGAAAUAAAGGAUACUUACUGCAGUUUUCUCUUUAUUUUCGGCAGCUUCCAGAACUGCUAUUUUUUUCCGGGGGGUGUAAUUAAAUUUCUGUUCAAAGAAAAUUUCAGGUUGACAUACAAUAAGCCUUGCAGUGUAGCUGUUAAUGACUGACGUGUGUGCCUUUCUAGUCACACAACUGUUUGGUUUCCUGGACCAGGAUAGCUAUCCAAAUUUCUGUAUAGUAAUUCUUAAUCCUACAGCUAUCAACAGGAUUUUAAAUAUGUGUAUAUAUUUUCUUGAGGACUUAACUUCUUUUGUGCCUUGGGAUACAUAUGAAACUUAUUAGCCCACUCAAACUCUUGAAUGCACACCAUAUAGAGAGCCAUUACUUAAGCUGACUGGGGAAACACACACACCAGGAAGCAAGUAAUGAAGUGGCACAUAAGUGGUUAAGUUGGAAGUAAAGUUUCACUGAACAAGCUUUCCCCCAAGUUUGAUAUUUAAAUUAUUUAAGGUUACUAUAUUGAGUCUCACUAUAUAGCUUUUAUUCAAUAUUUCACUUGAUAUUUUUAAAACCAAAGUUUAUUUGUUUCUCCUGUCCCAACUACUGUUAACUUAUUAUUGACUACAGAGCCAUAUAACUAUAUAUAUAUUUGCACCUUAUUCUAAAGUAAUCUGAGAAGAAGCAAAUAAAGCCAAGGAUUACUUGACUGCUUUUCCAGUCUGGUUAUGAGGAAAUUUAAGGUCCUACUUAUUGAACCUCUUCUGGUCCAGCAAACUGCAGUUACACCAUUCCAACUGAUUACUUUCAGUUGUAAAUUUAUUGUACAAAUGAUUAUUUUAAAAAAAUCUAAACUAAACUUAACUGAUAUAAUGUCUGUGUAUAAUUUGCUCCCGGAAUCAAGGACAAAAUAAAUGUGUUUUUAUUGGUGUGGAAAUCAAAGCUUGUAAAUAAGUCUAGUGCAUAUAACUUUUUCCAGCUCUCAAACUGUGUAUUUUUGUACAUACCACAUUUCCUUAAAACUUGUGGCUACAAUCCUAGCUGCUGUUCACUCCUGUUACUGGCUUACACAAUAAUUCUCUUCUUGCAACAUAUGCAGCCUCUUGGGGAACAGCCUUCAUUGUAUGAACAAGCUUUGUAGGAACACUGAUAAUUCUUGGUUCUUUCCAUGGGUUUUUAAUAUCUUUGAGGCAGGAGGCAGUAGCAAACCAAAUUUGAAUUCUGAAAAAGUGUGGUAUGUGUGUUCCAACACUGUGUGUAUCUGUUAAUUCUUGAUUUACUUUUCUCAUGUCUUAAGAGCAAAUGAGGUUUUAUUUGUAGAGGGAGCAAAAAGCAAGCCCCGUGUUUCUCAUGAAUUUGCCAGUACUUGGCUUUGAAAGUUAAAGUAAGUUGAGUUUUCUUUUUGGAAAUAGAAACAUACACUUGUAUUUGGGCACUUCUUUUCUUGAAGUUACAAUGGGAGGUUGGCUGACUGUCUCUUUGUGUUUAAUUUACUUUAAUUAAGUUAGGGAAAAAUGUAUGCAACCCCUUAAACGUUUUUCAACAAAAUUGCCUCUGUACCUUCUUUCAGUUAUAAGAAUUAAUGAGACUACACAAUAUUGAUAUGUACACAUUUCAAUUUUGCAUCUAAAUGAUAAAAUGUAUUUAAACUUGUUAUGGCCCUUCUACAUUGAAUACUUGUGAACAACAGCUUGAAUGUUAAAAGUACAUUUCGAAUGUGGUGAACAACUUGAUACCUUGAUUUUGGGUCUUUCACAAGAAAUGAUUUUAUUAGCAGUUAGUGUUGAUGUGUUUUCUCUGGUUUGGUUUUAGAGCACCGUAACAUUUUUAUGCUUACGUUGAAAUGGUGGACUUCACUAAAAUGCAGCAGAACCAUAGUCUAAUCAUUACUUCAGGAGACUACAUGUGUAUAUGGAGAGGGGAUUGGUUUCUGGGUAAAGAUGUAAAUAAUCAAUUUGCAAUAUGUGUAUCUGAAAAAUUAAGGAUUAUGCUAUUUAUAGAUAUCUGUCAAGCUUGUAAAUACUAUCAAAUGGGUUAAAGGAGUAUAAUUUUUGUGAAUUUCACAGGUUUAUUUGUGAUUGGAAAAAUUAACUCCUACUAUGGAAAUUAAAGUUCAACAAUGACAUUUGUGACACUUCCUACUUGUAGUUCUGUAAGACUGUUACACUCCACAGAGGAUAUAAACAUAGAAGAGCAAACUGUAGGGAAAGGAUAUUCAGAAACACAAUUACCCAGUCUUAUUUCUUAUUUUAAUGGUGACAUGAAACUUUGGGAAUAAACUGUCAAUGAAACCCCCCAGAAAAGCCAACCAGUAGGAAAAUGAAUAAAAAUCUGGAAUAUUUU